AGGCGAGUUGCCGGGGACCGGGCUGGAGCGCGGACCGACGGGACGGACAAGGCGCUUGAAUCCGCUUCUGCCCAGCUAGGCGCGCUGGGUCCUUCUCCCCCAGCACCCACCCAGGACUUUCGCCUGGCCUUCCCUCGGGAUGUCCGGGACCAGCUAACUACAAGCGCGAAGGAAGCGAGCGUGUGUCCCUUUUUCCCCGACGGAAGCGCGAGCGAGAGGGCGCUAAGCCCGCCCGCCCGGCCAGCCAUCCAGCCUUGCCUCGACCGGGAGCGGGUCGCCUUGGAGUUCGCCCCGCGGGCUGCUCCGGCAGCAGCUAGAGGCGGAGCAGGCGGGCGGCGAGCAGGGACUGCCUUCCUUUCGCUCCCUCCUUCUCCAGAAGCGCAGCCGCUGCCGCAAGGACCGAGCCGCCCGCCAGCCCGCCCCCUCCAGGGAGCGCUUCUCGCGCCAGUCUCCUCGGAGUCUUUUCCAAAAUGCCAUCUGGGGGGCUUUGAUGUGCAUCGCCUGCGCUUCCGUGAAUGAGAAGAACAUCGCGAUGCAAUAGAAGCAGAAGGUGCUUUGAAAUAUCUAUAUAAAACGCACCAGUCAAGCCAAGAACAAGACCCACACCCCACCCCCAAACCCCGGAAAAGAAGCGUCAGCCUUCCUUUCUGGGGCGAGGGGAGAUGAUCAUGCUGAGCUGGAAUCAGUUCUCCACGUCGCGCCCUCUACUCUUCCUGGCUGCGCUCCUGGUGGUGGAGAGCUCCCAGCUAGACGGCACCAAGGUGAACUCUAUCAAGUCCACCCUAAUGGGCGAGACGCCGACGCAGGCGACCACCAACAGGUCGACCACCUUCCACCAAGGAUUGGCUCUCGGGAGCAGCAAGAAGGGCAAAAUCUUGGGCCAGGGGGGCAAGGGGCUGAAGCAUUAUCACCGGCAAGGCGAGGUAGGAAGCCAUCCCUGCCUACUUCUUUCUUUCUUUCUUUCUUUCUUUCUUUCUUUCUUUCUUUCUUUCUCUCGGUAGGAUACCAUCCCUGCCUUCCUCCUUUCCCAUCCGGUUCGCGCAGCCCGCUCCUCUGCUUGCAACCAAACUGCUCUGUAUCAGCCCACAUGAUGCUUCAGGAACUUAGCUCUAACCCUCUUUUCUUAAAAACAAACAAACACCAGUUUCAGGACUAGGGGGAGCUCCUUCCCCUCUCAGGUCCGUCCACAGCAUUCAGAGAUAGACUGCUCCUGAACAUGGAGGGUCUCUUGUCUAGGAAUCUCUAGCUAACAGUGGGUUGUAGCCAAAUGCUGGUCUUACUCAGAGUAGACCCACUGAAAUUAAUGGACUUAAGGUACUUGGCUGAUUUGAAUGGGCCUACUCUGCGUAGGACUUGCACUGCACGCAGCCCAAAGAUAAAGAAAUAAAAACAUGGCAACAGAGUAAUGAUUGCUAGCCCUAUCACAGUGUUUUCUCUCUGUUGUGUGUGUGCACACAACACUUCGCAGGGGUGUUGUGAAGAUAAAAUGGAGGCGAGUGGGACUUAUGAAUGUUGCCUUAUUCUCCAUGGAGGAAAUGUGAGAUGUAUUACAUUUUACACAGUAGUAGAAACAGUGGGCGCUACUAGGAAGAAUGAUAAUUUUUCAUUGUUUUGCUAUUUGUUGUGUGACAUUAGUGCGUCCAGUUGGCAGAGGUGCAAAAUUGCAAAGUUGAGCAUGAAAUCAGAACAUUGUAAGACAGUGAUCCUAAGCCGGCUUGACUGAAAUCAGUGGUACUGAUUGCUAAGCGCUUAAUGAUCAGGAUAUAAAUGUGUCUCCAAUUACAGGGGAAUAGUUGUUGCUCUCCUAAGUGAGGGUAAGGGCAUCAAUGCUCACUCUCAUAAUAGAGGUCAAUAGCUGGAGAGCCCAGGAAUCAAAUUCAGCUCCCUGACAGAACAAAUCUCCACCACAUACACUCACAGUAAGAAAGACAUUAGUGGCUGUGGAAAGAAAACUGGUUUCUAGUUUAUUUGGGGGUGGGUGAGACAGGAGCUGCAACUCUAACCUCCAUUCCACUACUGAAGUGUCCCCACACCACCAGAUCAGUUGCUAGCCAGGGUUUGGGAGUCAAAACGAAGGUAACUCUGGAGAUCUGUGAUCAUAUCUACCGAAACUGCUCCCCUCCAUAAUAAGGUUUCUUUUCCUCCUGUCCCAUCUUCCCAAUACUCAGAUUAUUAGGGACAUUGUACUCUUAUUGAGUUAUGGGAUUUCUCUCCUUGCCUCCUGACUUGAAUAACUUUGGUGUUCUGCAUUCCACAAAAAAAGCAAAGGGCAUAGAAAUUUGUGUAUUGGUGGUGAUCUGCCCAGACAUUAUUUGGCUGCUAAGGUAAGACUGUUUGAUAUGAGCCACAAGGAGACAGACAGUGCAGCAACUGGACCGCUAAGAUUCAGUCAACAAUGAAAGGGGCACUGGGUACAGUCCCUCUUUAUCCUUAACAGGCUUUUAAAAAGAAAAGUUUGCUAAGUCACUUCAUUUGCUGAUCAAGUGACCGGGUCUCCUAACAUUUUAGCAGUACCUUCUGAAUAAUAGGAUGUACGGUAACAGUUUAUGAUGGAAUAUGUGGUUACCAGGUAGGAAAAUUUAUAAUAUUUGGGGAGGGGGUGAAUCACAGAUUCAUUGUCUGACUCUUGACCCCUUUCCUCCAUUCUGUUAACUGCAAACCUGUUGGUUAAAGAUGUUAACAAAAGAUGUUACAGCAGAUUACAUUUUAAUGGGAUGGUAUGAAACAUGUGCUGCCGUUCACAACUGAGUGUAAUUGACAAAGUGGCAUCCUCAAGGAAGGAAUCUUUCGCCAGCCUUGGAUUUAAGAUGGAUAGUAAGUGGAGACAGGCAAUUCUGCCAUGAGGGAUUGCAAUGCCAGCUAAUGGGAGAAUUAACGAGCAUUCUGGCUUGUUUGUUUGUUUUUACCCAUUGAGAAUGUCAGAAAACAAUGCUGGAAUUUAGCCCAGACUAUAGACAGUUACACUAGAUCAGUGAAUGAAGUUGUCACCAUGUAUUUGUGAUCAUUUGCUUUGCAAGGGUUCUGCUUCAUUGGUGGAUAAGGUAGCAAACACAGGUAGUGCAAAAAUAGUUUGAUAUUGUACCUAAUAAUAUGCACUAUAUUGAUAGGAUUUUCUCCCAGUGGGGUUUCCAAUAAAGUGUGUUUUUUAAAAAUAAAAAACCCAAUAAAAUAAAGAGGGUCUUGCUUAUUCCAUCACAAAGUCAUUGAGCCAUCCCCUCCCUUUUCUUCUUCCAUUUCCAACUCCAUGCCUUAUACCAUGCUGCCCCAUGUGGUUGGAUCGAUCUCCUUUACAUUCAGCAAAUGACUUAUGAAUAUUGUAAGUGGUAUUAUACAGAGUCAGUCCAUUGAUCCAGCAUGACUGCCCAGAAUCUUCAGGGCCAGACAAAAGAAAAUUCUACCUGAAAAUCCUGCCAUUCGAAGUCUACCUAAAAUAUCGCUCGUUCCCUUUAAGCUCUUCACUGAUAAUUAAUUUUGAGCCAAGCCCUCUCUAAAGUUCCAUCUUAGCCUUAGCCUCACUUAGAAUCAUAGAACUGUAAGGUUGGAAGGUACCAUGAGGGUCCUCUAUUCCAAUCCUCUUCAAUGAAGAAAUGUUAUGCACCCUGUCCAUUAUUUACAGUGUGCAUAAUAACAAAUAAAUACCCAGUACAGCACAGUAGUUGGGACAGAAGUAAGAGCUAAGGCCAAGGUUGCUUUUCAUUCUGUUUAUUCACUGACUUUUCAUUCUCUGAAAGUCAGUGUCUGGGAUGCCACUGAACACGAUUUUAAAGGGUCAAAUAAAAAGACCUAGAACGACAUGACAUGCAGUUUGAUGAAGUUCCACAAUAGUAGUGGAAAACUCAUUUGCUACUAAAAAUGAGGAUGGCAAAAGCCUUGCCUUCAAUGAACUCCUGUAAACCCUUUUCCAUUUGCUUUUGCCUGGAAUUUUAUUUUGAAAUAGUUAUAAAUGCAGACAAUGGAAAGGAAGAACGCAUUUAACAAUGCAAGAGGUCCACUAAAUUAAGGGAAAUUGACUGAUUGCACUCCUUAGUCUAUCAUGGGACGGUGAGUGUAAAACAGCCUGAGGAGAAGCUGAUUAACUAUCUAGAGAGUUUUAAUGUGUAAGCUAAGUAGCUGAAUCACAGGGUGGGGGAAAUAUACAAACAUCCUUGAUCUACUUGAUAGAUCCUUGAAUAUAGCUAUCAACUUUCAGAUCUGAAAAUAAGGGAUCAGCAGCCUCACCUGUCCCGGGGACAGUCUACGGGAUAUCUAACAAUCUGGGAUAGCAGCAGGAAGCAGCAGGAAACGACGCUGGAAUAAGGGAAUUUCCCACAAAAAAAGGGAAGGUUGACAGCUAUGUCUUUGAAGGGCUUCCAUUUAGAUGAUAAGUGAAAACCGUGGUACUGUAGCAUCUUUUCCUUUCAAGUUGAGAUUCCUUGCUUGUUGCAGUUGCUGAUAUUUUUAUCAUCGCACAACUUCACCGCUGUGUACAAUUGCCUAAGAAGGUUUUUAUGCAGCUGUUCUGGAACUGGGGUUUCACACAGUGAACAAAGAUUCUAGCAAAUGGUAUUGAAUCUCCCUAUCAUUGAUAUAAACUGGGGUCAGUUCACCCAACAAAAGCAAGUGGCAAAGUCUGGACUCUUCCACAAAAGGCUUCAGGUGGGGUAGGAUUUAUUUCAUUUUUUAAUUUAUUUUAUAUCUGUAUUGCCUAUUUCUCAAGGGAGACUCAGUGAGGUUAGGAAAGAGUAAUAGAAACAGAUAUAAUCACUAAAAUGUAUACAUUCAAUUUUUUUAAAAAAUGAAUAGUAUCCAAUCCCAGCACAGCCCACAUGCAACAGAACUGAGCCAGCACAAUUAGGCAGUUAUGCUGCCUGAAGCGAUAGGGUGAUGGAGACUGAUAAGCCUCAUUUGGCAAGGCAUUCCAAAGAUCAGUGGUUCUCAGAGGGUGUGGCAGAUGCAGAUUUGGGGAGCACGACUGGAACGCUUGCAUUGGGCGCUGAGGCGAGAGGGUGCUGCAGGAGGCACUGCAACAAUGACUUAGAAUGGAAGGCAAGAGGGCACCAAAUUUUGACACCUCCAAGGGCGCUGCUGAAAUUUGAAAGCCCAACAUCUGCUGCUGGGUGUGGCGCAUCACUCUGGUGUGGCAGGAGAGGAUGGCAAGCAUGGCGGGAAGAUUCAAGGACAGUCAAACACAUUGAGUUCUUAUAUACUUACGGUACAUAUCUAAGUGGCUCGUUUAUAUUUUGGGAAUGAUUCGUGUUCUUAUAUAGCUGCAUUUUUUUAUCCUUCCUGGAUGUCCCAUGAUCUUAUUCUAAAGUAGUUGUGUUCUGUGUUGUAAAUCAAGCAUGGCUAGGAGCUGUUUCUUUUGGUUUUCCUGUGUAUUUCUUAUCAAUGAAAAAGUUGGUGUAGCACAAGCAAAGUUUUAUUCUCUGAAGGCACAAUGGAAAAGCUUGAAAGCUUCUCCUCCAAUGAAUACUCCCCCCCCGUACCUACAAACCUAGCAUGCCAGUAGAAAAGCUCAUUCCACUUUCUCCUUGCUUUCCUGUCUUUCUGUGUGCAGGGAAUUUUUUCCUUGAUAUGCUGCUUUUCAGUGUGCAGAGAGAGCAUUUAGACAUUAUCCUGAAGCCUGAAACCACACAGUCCGGAAAGAACAUAACCAUUUCUUUCUGCUAAAUAUGUAAGCUAUCCCUUUAUCUCUGCUACGAAGCAACUUAUAGCAACAGAGUGGAAAGCAGUAGGGGCCUAGAAUGAUUAUACAAUGCAUCAGUUUUAUUAUGCCUUGUUAACAUAACUUGCCUAAUCACACAGACCACUUACUUGAAAGUAAGUUCUGCUGAAAUCAGUUGGGUUUAUUUCCUCGACGUCAUAGUUCUGAAGCCUGGAAGGUUCAGAAAAAGGCGGACAAAACUGUCAAUGGGAUGGAGCAACUCUAUGAAGAAAGGCUGCACCAUUUGGGAUUUCUUUUAGUUAGGAGGUGACGUGAUGGAAGUUUUUAAAAUUCUGCAUGGCAUGAAGAAAGUGAGUAGAGAAGAGUUUUUCUUCCUCUCUCAUAACACUAGAAAUCAUGGGCAUUCAAAGUAGUUGAAUGUUGGAAGAUUCAGGGUCAGGCCCAUGCAGUGUGUGUGCCAGGGGCAGCCAGGUACACUUGCCCCCAGGCCUUGGAGAGUUAAACUGGGUGGGGGCUCCUGCCAGGAGCCUUUUGGACUUACACCAUCAUGCCAAGAGUUUAUAACCUUAUUCUAACAAGACUCCUGCCCCGGGUCUCAGGCAAACUCUGCUUGGGCCUGUUCAGAACAGUGAAAAGAAAAUAUGUCUUUACACAUCGCAUAGUUAAAACUAUGAACUUGCUCCCGCAGAGGGAGUGAUGCACACAAACCUAGAGGGAUUUAAACAAGGAUUAGAGAAAUUGGUGGAGAGGGCUAUCAAAGGCUAUUAGCCAUGAUGGUUAUGCUCUGUCUCCACAGUUGGGGCAGCAAUACGUCUGAAUACCAGUUGCUGGAAACCACAGGAGCAUGAAGUUUUCUUGUGCUGAAAUCUUGCAUGUGGGUUUCUCACAGCUACUGUGAGAACAGGAUGCUAGACUAGGUGAGCCAUCCAGCAGGCUCUUAUGCAAAUGACAUUUCCAGAGUUGCCCAUGGCAAGAGGGAGAGCCUGUGGUGGGACACAGGAAAUUCAUUGUCACCUACAGAGUUAUGGGAAGUAAGUUUUAUAGACAGACUAAAAAGACUAGUUUGGAGGAGCCAAGCAGUAGCGAAAGUGUUUAUUAUACGAGCAACUAUUUAAUCUCUGCUAUAAAGACCAGAUCUUAAUAUACUGUGGCUGGGAUCUGUGUUUUGGGGGUGCAGCCUUAAGUAUUCCUGGGUGCCAUCCUUGUAUGGCUUGACAAUCCUUCAAAUUGUGGCCAGUAUGUUUAGCCCUGCAAGUAUCUGCAGUCAUUAUCCUUUUAUGAACUGAUAAUGGUUUUCUUCUUCAGCUGAUCAUUUGCUUUGAUGGCAUUAACGAUUUCAAAGCUAGAAGUAUUGCCUUUAAGAAGAGUGGUUUCAUAUAUCCUAAAUAAUUAGCACAUAACAGUCAAAUAUUUUUUGUUUUAAAUGAACCUUUAUUAGAUUAGUACUUCUCCCUGACUUGUUUAGACUACAAAAUAUUGUUUGGAGGAACACAAAACUCUGUUUGUUAAAAGAACAAGGCUUCCUUUUUUUCCCAUUCUCUCUCUCUGCCCGCUUUCUUUUCCUUUUCCUUCAUGACAUUUUAUUUCUUUGAUAUGAUUAGUUUCUAAGAUGGUUGCCUCAUUUCAUAAAGAGAGAGAGAGAGAGAGACUUGGGAAAAAGAGGCAAAUGCACAAAAUGAAUGAGAUAAAGUGGCUUUGUUUGCUACUUGUAGCUAUUAGAAAGCUACCAAAAGCGAUCCCAUUGUAAAUUAAUGGAGUGCAGUUGAAAUGAUUCUGCCCUGCACAUUAAAAAUGAUUCUAGGCUACACAAAAGAACAGUGUUCAAUGUGUGUUGGGCUAAGCCGAUUAAUCAAUUUGCCUUCAAAAUACCUCAUAAAUAAAUAAAGGAUUCAAUCUUAUGUGCACACUUCUUGGAAGUAAGCCCCAUUGAACUCAAUGGGGCUUCCUUCUGAGUAGACGUGGAAAGAGUGUGUCCAGAACAGCAGUUUUUCCAUGUGAUUUGCUGCUGCUAAUCCACAUCAGAGGAGGCCAAAGUCUGUAGUGCAUUCCAUUACCGUUUGCAUUCCUCUUGCACACAAACGUGUGGGGGCCAUUUCAUACCGUGUGCAAUGAAACAAAUGGGUUUCCCACCAAGUGUAUACACAACCGGGAGCUGCACUCAACUGUGGCUUUCUAGAAGGUGUAUCUGUAUGAUGCAAGAGUUUUCAAACUCCUGCUUGUCAUAUCCAUACGUUACAUUUUUAGGUGUAAACUUUGCAAUCCAGGCAUACACCUUGAAAAAUAACAUGUGCUUCGGCCAUGCCUAUUUUUUUUGGGGGGGGGAAGGCCUGAGGUUUUGCACAGCUGGUCUAGAGACUGGACUUGUGGUUCUUCUUUUUCCUGGCAAGCGGUGUGCUCCAUUACACAGUGCUUUGAAUUUUUUGCCAGAAUCCGGUUAAGGUUUUCAAAGCGUACCCCUCCUGAUUCCUGACAACAGAGAACCAUCAGGUUGUCCUGAAGGAAGUGCCAGCCUGGGCACUGAUUCCUUAGUCACAAAACUUAGAAUCAUAGAGUUGAAAGGGACUCAAAGGGUCAUCUAUUCCAACCCCCUGCAAUGCCUGAAACUUGUGUGUCAGCAGGAUAGCAUAAUGUGUUCCAGUGUAACUCUGUCCCAGUCACUCUGGGGAAUGGCCAUUGCUCAGUGGUACGAGGUCCCAGGAGAGAGACUCCUUUCUGAAAUCCUGCAGAGCCAAAGCUGGUUAGAGUAAGCUGGACCAAUGGACUGAUGUGGCUUGGGGCAACUUCCUGUGUCCUUCCACAACCAGAGUGUGCAGGAUACGAUUAAUAUGCCCAAAGGGUGGGGAGUGUUGCACCCCCUGGUUUGCUUCUGUUACCUCUGCCACCUGUCCUCAAAAGUUCCUUUUCAUGCUACCAAGUUUGAUAGUGGACGCUACCCAAGCUGGGAGAGAAAUGCUGGUACCACCAUUGGGCAAAUGAGGCAUUUGCUUCAGGUCGUUGAGAGUGUGUGCAUGCCACCUGCCAUGCCCUUCACUCUCGAAGCUUGGAUACAGUUGAGGACACUGUCUCAUUGCAACCGAAGCAUAAUUGAGCUUCCAAUCUGGUCAGCUUCUAUAGGUGGAAGUGUGAAGGCUUCACCUCAGGCAGUCCUGGUGGGAAGGGACCAGAACUUCUGCUUGUACAUUCAUUAUGUGCAUUAAAUCACAUCCCCAUCUUCUGAUAUUAUGGAGGACUGCAUUUGAAGUCAGGUACCUGUUUUUCUUUACAGACAACAGUCUGAUUUAGGCCUGGUUUAAUAAUACAGAACCAGAAGAUGGGAGAGCAGCGGUCUUAAGAUCAGCACCUGGACAGCAGACUGAACAGGCUCACAGAUCACCUGAUCACAGUAUCCCUCACUAGAGUGAUACACAUCGUAUUUCUAUUUAAAUUAUAGCAAUCAAUUCUAAAUUUGAGGUCUGGGCUGAACGCAGCUAUUUCACUCUUCAAUGGUGGGACAUUUAUUGAGACGCUCCACCCCGGGAGAAUGACGGAAUCCAACGGAUUCCUGAAUGCUCUGGAGGUAUUUCCUCUGGAGGUAUGACCUGCCUGGUGUUCCCAUUGAGCCUCUUCUCUCACUCUGGAAGGGUGAGAUGGGAAGAGCCAUUGACAUAAUUGGUCCUGAGUGCCCUUGUCAUUGCUUUGGAGCAUGUAAGUCACCUUGGUACUCUAGUGUCCUAUGUGAGAUAAGACAGUAGGAUCAGCAGUUAGAGCACAGGUGGUGUAAAUCUUGGUCCAAAAACUGACCAAACAUGGAUGAGAUUGCACCAGUGUGCCUACCAUGUGUUGGUGGCAGAGAAAACUAACUUCUUCACAGCCGUUAUAUCUGCAAGUAGUUGUCCAGAAGAGCAUUUCUGAGUGGUGAAUGGGCUUUUGUCUCCUGGCGAAGAGAACAUUGCUCUGACACCCUUGGAGGUCAGAUUUGGACAGCUUUGGAGGCAACCAGCAGAACCAUCCAAAGUAUUGUCUGUUCCAUCUGUACUGGAUCACUUUCAAUGAUUGUGGCAUGAGGAGGCAGACAAGCUCCUUGAAGAAAUGAAACCACUCACCUGUCCCUUGCCCAUCUUGGCUUCUUAGAGCUAGUUCUCUGUAGACAUUGACAGUGUUAGGUAAAAACCAAGAAAAUAUGUGAUGCAGUUUUUUGAUGGGGUAUAAUCUGAGAUCUUCUUUUACAUUUAUCAGUCACUUGAUUAUCGUUGCAAUUAUUAUUUAUUCACUCGGAUUUCUAAGGAAGCUCCGUGGGUGAAGAAUUUAAAUCCAAACCAGAACAUUUCUGUUUGGGUCCUUUGUGUACAAUUUCCCCCCUGGGCUGGAGCAUACCAUUAAAACUGAGCUUGUCACAUCCCGAGAAGAAUCCCUAGCUGAAGUUUCAUACCGGUGGUCAAAUAAAACUGUACAACACUGAAUAAUUGACCACAGUAUCCUGAAGGCACAGCCAUAAUAGGCCCUCUUGAACACCAAACAUGUAACCACAGUAUCUUAAAUAAUUAGUAACCCAGAGAAUUCCAAAUCCUUAACCAUGGGACCUCAGCAAAAUUUCACUAUGCAAACCAGAAGCAAUUGCAGUUCUGGACGAGCAGUGAGAGCUGUUUGCCAUUGUGCUUUGCUUUAUAAAGUCUUAAGUGUUUAUUACGAUGAAGCUUCCUUGCUUACUGUUGGUGUUCCUAUUCGCUUUUCCUUCCAGGGAUUUCAUCUUGUCAUGUGGAGGCUCCUUUGAUUUACUGCAUUUUUAAUAUGGCAACUUGAAAGAGGGGAAAAUACCAUAAUGUAUUUUAUUAUCUCUACUAUAAUAAGCCCCAGCCUGUAGUCGAGAUCAGAGUCCUACUUGGCUGAGCCAUUUACAAAAACCCACCAGGAUAAGAGCAUCCUUGAUUGGAUGAUCUUGUAAUUCAAACCAGUAAUACAGAGAAGCUAGGAAAGCAUUGGUAUGAAAAUGAUUUUCCCUGUAUAAUGGCCCUUCGUAUUUAGAAUGCAAUUCCACAAUGGGAUGGGUGGGCGGGUGAUGGGACAGGCAUAGACAACCACAGCCUUCAAGCUUUGAUUGCAUAGAUUAGUUUUGUGACUGUUCCUCAUAUCUUAUAUUGCUGAGUGAGAGAGGGGGAGCUACAGACAAGGAAAGAGGGAGAGAUAGAUAGCAGAGGGAGGGGGAGAGAGAGAGCCCUAUAGAAUCCUGCCAUGGUGCAAACCCCACCCACUUUGCCCACCCAUUGGCUGUGGCACUGAUUGACUUUUCCCAUGGGUCAAUAGUGUUUUGUAGGGGGAAAGUUCCCUGUACAUCUCUCUCUAGUAGACUGUUGCUUCCAGAAUUGACACCUGAUUGAGGGACCACAGCUCCAUGGUAGAGCAUCUGCUUUGCAGGUAAAAGGUCCAUUCCUCAGCAUCUCCGAGUAUGACUGGGAGAGAUCCUUUUUUGAAAGAUGCUGUGCAGCAUCUACAAUACUUAGUCUAGGCAAUAUUGAGCUAGAUGGGCCAAUGGUCUGACCCAAUAUAAGGCAGCUUCCUCUGUUCACUAUGAUGAGGGCACUGGGCAAGGUGUCCUAUGGUGAGCCUGCUCCUCUGAUGUUCUUAUGUGGCUGUGGUGGGAGCAUUCCAGGCAACAUGCCUCUGAAUACUAGUUUAGGGAGAACAGGCCAGAGCCAUCUGGCUGGCCAUUCAGCAAAACAGGAUGAUGGAGUAAGUCAGCUCUUAGCUGGGUCUCUGGCUACCCUUUCUAAUUUCCCACAAUGCCCCAGAAAUAUUGCUAGGCUAGGAACAUUGCAUACAUUAAAAGGGUGUCUAGGUCCAGCUGUCUUUGCUGUUUUGAGUUCCAGGCAGGAAAAAGAAAUCAAAGGGCAGCAAUGACAACUGCCCUAUGAUGUCAGAUAUGGAUGCUGGUCUUGCUGGUAAGCAUUGUUGCAGCACCUCCUAAGGUGCACCUCUUGACUUGCACAUGCAAAUGCCUCCUAAUGCUGGAGGCUGAUGGGUCAACAUGUAUUUGGUUGGAGUUUCCCACCCCCUCCCGGGAGCUGAAAGUGCUUUGGCAGCACCACCAUUAUGGAUCAUAUAAACCAGGGAUGGGGCAUCUCAGGUCUAAGAGCCAAAUGUGGCCCCCUAGGCCUCUCUAUCUGACAUCUAGGAUUCUCCUUAGCUCGCAGCCUAUCUUCAGCCAUACCCCUGACCUGCCUUGCUUUGCAUCCAGUGUUUUGGCUAAAAUGUGUCUUUGAACUCCGAUAAUGCCUCUUGCCUGAGAGGGAGAGAGAUGUGCCAGCAAAUAAACAUUGGUUUCUCAACCAACUUUUGAUUCUAACUCCACCCACCACCAGCAUAUGGCCCCUGGAAGGGAGUAUGGCCCUCAGCACAAACAGCGUUCCCCAGUUGUGAUGUAAGCACUCAUUUGCACUGUCCAUAGUGUUCCAGAACUGGCAACAUCUAGAACUUGCAACACUGAGUAGAUGCAUGGUGACCAAAGUAUAGAUAGCCAUGUUGUUGUUGUUGUUUAGUCGUUUAGUUGUGACCGACUCUUCGUGACCCCAUGGACCAGAGCACGCCAGGCACUCCUGUCUUCUACUGCCUCCUGCAGUUUGGUCAAAAUCAUGCUGGUAGCUUCGAGAACACUGUCCAACCAUCUCGUCCUCUGUCAUCCCCUUCUCCUUGUGCCCUCAAUCUUUCCCAACAAUCUGUUGUCCUGUCUCUAGCUCUUUUGCAAACAGUUAUCCAUCCAGAAAAUACUUUGUUCUUGCUAAAGGUUCUCCAGAAAAUUAUUAUGACAAAACUGAUUUGAGAAUUCCCAUCUAAGAAGAAGACAACAUGUUAAAGAAACUGCUCAGCUCCUGCUAUUUCUUUUAGAGAAUUAGUACCCAGCUGAGGAAAUGAGGGUUUAUGGAGUACUGAAUAAAGAGAUCUUGCAAAAAGAGGGAAAAUGUAUAUUUUGUGGUGGUGGUGGAGGAGAAAGUGUAUAAAUGAGAUGAGGGUUUUGUAUGGGACAUUAAGCAGGCAUGGCAGGCAGAUGACUCUCCUAGGAAACAAAGCAACUCUGCAAGCCCUGAGAAAUCAUUUCAUAAAUAUAUGCACUGUACCAUUAUUGUAGGAUAAUAUUAUUAGUUAUGUGUGAACAUAUGGAAGGAGGCCUUCAGGUGUACAGAAAUCCCAGAUGUCUUGCAAAAGAAGAAGAAGAAGCUCUCUCCCACCACACGCACACAUUUUGGCAUGAGUAUUUAUUUAGUGUGCUGGAAGUUCUUCAGCCAGUCUGGGAGCAGAUGUUACACCACAUGACUGCAGUAACCAAUGGGAAGCCCCCAGAUGCUGAGCCUCAAGUAGAUGACAUACAACAGUUUACUAUUCACUCAUGGGCUGAAUGCUUUUUCAUCCAAGGUUUUUGGGGGAUGCGUGCCAAUAACAAAUGAAACAGUAGAGAUCAGGAUCUGGUCACGAAGGAUCUGGGGACUCCAUUUGUAACAAGCAUUAUUUACAAAGAAACAGUUCAAUUAGCAUAGCACUGUUCAGAGAGAGCUUGUGCUGGGCUAUGUAUAGGGUGUGCAUUUGUAGGGAAACCAUGGGUUGUCCCCCACCCCCCACUGAAGUGGCUUCCAGACAGCUACAAAGCAAAACUGGCCACCAGCCUUCCUUUCUAUGGUUCCCAGAGCAAAUCCGAGUGAUACAUUUUACCUCAUGUGCGUUUUGUUAAGGGUAAAGUGUUCACUGAAGCAGAACAGCUGUCUGUCAAAAGCUAAGUUAAAAAUUCACUCAAUAUUAAAAGUUUCAUUGGAAGGGCUCCUUAACUCAGUAAAAAUGUUUUUUUGGGUGUGUGUUUUUUUGCAAUUGUUUGAAUUAAUAUAAUGCUUCCAAAAUGCUUUUUAGGAGUGCUUGUAAAAUUCUGGGCUUGUUUCCCCCCCACCUUUGCUAUCUUCCAGAACUUCCCUUGUAAGGAAAUGGCUUUUUAACCAGAAGAAUCCUCUUGAAAUUAUAAUAUUUUUUCUUCCAAAGGGGUCCUCACCACAGCAGCUGCAACAAAUUGAAAGUGAACUUUAGUCUCAAUUGGUGUUUCAGAUUUAAAAGUAUGAGUGACCAAGUAAUUAUGAUUAUUAUAACCUGCAAGACAACUUAUUGGGAACUGGAUCUUUUUUAAAAAAAACAAAAAAACACCCCAGAUUCUAUCAAAAUAAAGCAGGUAAUACAAACAAAACAAAAAGCAGCAAGCAUACAUAAAAAGCAGAGUAGGGGUUUUGAGAAAAGUUUCCUUCUGAGACAUGCCCCUGCCACUUGGGGUGCUUUCACAAGCUCUUUUGACUCCAUUAGGAACAUAGAAACCUGCUUUACAUUCAGCUAGACCCAUUGAUCCAUCUAGCUCCAUAUUGUCUACUCAAUACUGGCAGAGGCUCUCUAGGUGAGGGCCAUUCCCAGCCCUACCUGGAGAUGCCGGGGCUUGAACCUGGAACCUUCUGCAUAAAAUGUAGAGGCUUUACCACUGACCUAUGGCAUUUCCCCCAUUGCAAUGUGCUGUUACUGUUCCAGCGCUGCGCUAUGAGAAGGGAUUGCUACUUACAACCUGUCUGUCUCUGUGCCGUGCUUUCCUUAAGCUCUCCAUUCUGUGUCACUUUAUGCAGAAUCAUUCAUACAUUCCCAGGAAUUUUUAUAUAGAUUACUGUGAUGCUUUAUACGUGUAUUCUAGACGAUUGCCAGUCUGAGGCCUGUCGCCAUCAUUCAGUAGCAAUGAGAUCAGCACUGCACUGACAAUCUGAGAGACAACUGCUGGGCAGGAAGCAUUUCAUCUGCAUGAAACAACCCUUUCACCAGCAACCCAUAAUCCUUUAUUCCUACACUGAUCUAAUGCUUUCUAUAUAAAACUGGACAGGGAUGCAAGGAUGUUACAAGCAGAAUUGUGCCUUUUUCUUUUCUUUAAUGAAUCCCUUCCUGGCCUCGCCGACGUUUAGAAGACAAACUGGUGCCCCAUGUGUUCUGCAGCUGGGAGAGCCGUGCCAAUUCAGACCGGCAGCUCUGCGUGUCUGUUUUGAUUUUGCCCUUCCAGAAGCUCAGGCACCGCGUUGUUCCCCAGAAAAGCAUCUAAGCGAUUUCCCAUUGACCAGGAAUAUGGUGCUAGUGGUAGUUGCAGUGUGUGAGGUGAGACUCCCUAAAUUCAGAAUGAGAAGAGCUCUCUCUCUCUCUCUCUCUGUGUGUGUGUGUUUGUGUGUUAGAUGCAGACUUAACUAGGGCCAAAAUUCUGGUUUUGAUUUUCCCUCUUUUGUUGCGCGGCAUUUCUGCCGCUCACCUUUCAGCAAUCAGCAUUUUGGCUGCCUGAUAGGAAGGGCAGAAGGUCAGCAGUAAAAUACAGAGGGAUCCUCUCUAUAGAAAACAACGGCUGUCAGAUGAACCUGGUAUAUCAUGUAUUAUUAAGACAUUUGAGCCUCACUCACUUACUGACCCAGAGGGUAUCAGUAAAUUGCUGGAGCAUUUCCCCAUCAGACAGAAAGCUGUAAUUUGGCACACAUGCACUCCGAAACACUGCUGCUUUGAUGCAAAAGUCUAAAAAUGGAACAUUUUUACAUCCUCUGUUGAAUAUCUGCAAUGUGAGGCUUUCUCCAUAAUAACGGGCAAAAUUCUAAGUGUAUUCCCAAUUCUCUCCUUCUUUCUUUACAGCCCUGACUUUAGCUGGGGCAGCCGAGGAAGGUUCCUGGCGGCCAUGGAUUGAAUUCAAGACGCAGAUUCUUGCCCCAAAUGGGGCUUGCAGUCUGCAUUGAAUUUAAUGUGCAAAUCUACUUUGGCAGAGAGCAACUCUACUCAGGGGUUCCAUUCAGAAGUUCCAGAGUAGAACAAAUCCAGUGGGGUUAGUAUGAGGUGCCAGAGAUGCUGGAUCCACAAUUGUGAGCACACUUGUUCCUCCCCUACAUUUUUUGGUUUUUUUUGGGGGGGGGGGUGUUGAAACCAAAAUCUUGCUUUAGGCCACUGGGAGUCAUUGGUCUCAGUACAUGCAUUAAUAAUGUCAUUCAUUCAUUCAUUUUUGCAUGUACGCCUGGGCUUGCUGCUGAAUGGAACCCAGAAACAAAACAAAUAGGAUAAAAAAAAAUUGAGAUAAAAAGCAGAACUUAGCAAUUCACCAAGCAGUGGACUGAAUCUACAAGUCAAACUAAACAUUGGAAAAUAAAACGAAAAGCAAAUAAUAAUAAUAAUAAUAAUAAUAAUAAUAAUAAUAAUAAUAAUUUAUUUCUACCCUGCCCAUCUGGCUGGGUUUCCCCAAACAAUACAAUACAUCAGGGGUUUCCAACCUUCUUAUGCCACAUCUGGAAUACCCAGUAACUGUCAUGGGCAUCACAACAUGGGCAACACUUGAUGCAGGACACCCAUGUUAUCCAGAUCAACUCUGGUAGAGAGAGAACCAGUUCACUCAACAUCUACAUGGAUAUGAAUGAAAGGAAUCUCUAUCCCCAACCUUCACAGGUGGAUUGGAAGUUCUGAACAGAGCCUAUAUGUAGACAAGUUAUAGAAGCAUUUUACAUGGAGCUCAGUUGGGCAAAUAUUAUGUGCAAAAGCUACAGCGUGUGUGCAUCAGGCUAGGGGUGUGGAACCGUUUCUCUGUCAAGGGCUGCGUUCCUCAGCCCAGGAAUAAAUUCUGAGGGCCAGUAGUGGGUAGGGUCGAAGCCAGUGCCAUUCUCUUUUCUCUCUCUCUUUCUUCUUCUCCAACCAAGUAGGCUUGUUUGGAAGGAACAAGUUGCUCUUGUUAUAGACCUGGACUGCCCACUAACAGAGAACUUUUCCCCUUCCAUGCUUCAUAUCUUCAUCCAGAUUGGCUCCUGCCAAUCUAUGCUUCCAUAUACAAAAGGAGUGGCUCACCUGGUGGGACUGAGCCACAGCCAGAGCUUCUGGCAGCAGUGUCAUGGUCACUUCCCAAGACAGGUGAGGAGGCAAAGUGAGGGCUCGCACCAGUGGAACCAAUCUGGCACUCCAACAACAUUUCUGCACAGCUGUAAAUGCACCACCAGGCCGCAAUUUGUCCUCCUGGUAAGCAGCAGUCGUGUUGCUAUCAUGAAAGGCUGUUGCUGCAGCUCUGACCCACUGGAACCUUGUAGGGUAGGAGUGGCAGCAAGGCAAAUGGCUGACAAGGGCAUUGGCCGGUGAGUUGGGGUGUGUAGGGUGCUAACUGGCUGCCUUCUGUCUCCACUGUUUGAGGAAAUUGCCUCAGUUUGCCUCACAGUAGCACUGGCCUUGCGUAUGAAUGGGGCUAUUGAGGUUUCAGUGCAUGAGGACAGCUCUCACAUUAUUGAGGGAUUUGGGAAUUAUCUUCCAUGCAUAAGGAAUGAUAUGUGGGAGGAAUGGGGUGUGAAGGAAGCAUGCAGGCCUAAGUAUUGUUCCCAAUCUCAACUCAUGUGGAAGUAUGUCUGCUUCAUGGGGAAUGUUGCCCAAAAUGAUCCCCAGAGCCAAAAAGUUAGGUGGGGAGGGCCUCUCCUCUAUUUUUAAUACAUUCUUAGGGAGCCUUGAAGAGAUUAGAGCCUGAGUAAUAUGUUUAUUUUGUGCUGGGUAGUCUCUUAACAACACAUCUGUGGGGACAGAGUUCUUUGUUUAAAGAGACUCUUGACGGGGAUACAGCAAUUUCAACCACACCAAUGAAACACGCUCGAAAUCAGAAAGGCAUAGCUGACCUCAUCACGACUGCCUUGGGAGCAGACUCAGGAUUCAGCUUCAUUGAAUGACCCUGCAUAUUCUCCCUCUCUCAUAUAAUACUCCAGUAUUAUAUAACCCAGGGUUAUCCAGUGAUGAGAAAUUCAGGACAGACGAGAAGAAGUACUUUUUCAGACAGUUAAACUAUUGGGUCUGCUGCCACGAGAUGUGGCGGUGCCCACCAUCUUGAUUGGCUUUAUAAAAGAGGGAUCAGACAACUUCAUAGAGGAUCAAUGGCUAAUUUAUUUAUUUGUAGCAAUAUUUAUAUAUCAAUUCAUAAAACAAUAUCAAAGUGGUGCAUAAAACCAUACAAUAGGAACCAUACAUAUAUAUGAAAAUGAGAAAUCAGAUAACUCCACAGCUCUGUGAUUCUAUGAUUGUGAAGGUUUUUAGCAAAUGUUGAAAAUGUGACAACAUUGGGGCUUGCUUCAAUAGUAAGGGAAGUGAAUUCCGGAGAACUGGUGGCACAGCAAUAAAAGCAUGAGCUUGAGUCGCCGCAUGCUUUACCGCAGAGGCAUGUGGCAUUGCCAACAGAUCUAUAGCCACAUAUCUGAAGAACCAAGAUGGGAUGUAGGGAGAGAGGCCACUUCUCAGAUACCUUGCAAGCUGUAGCUCAGUGGGGAAGCCACAUGCAUUGCAUGAUGAAGGUCCCAUGUUCCAUUCCCUACAUCUCCAGGUCAGACUGGGAAUGUGCUCUGUCCAAAAUCCUGGAGAGCCUCUCCCAGUCAGCACAGACAGUGGUAAGCUGGGGCGACUAAUGGUCUUACUUUGAUAAGGACUUACGGUAUUUUUCAUAAGACGCACCAGACCACAAGAUGCACCUAGUUUUUGGAGGAGGAAAACAAGAAAAAAAAUAUUCUGAAUCCCAGAAGCCAGAACAGCAAGAGGGAUUGCUGCUUUCACUGCGCAGCGAUCCCUCUUGCUGUUCUGGCUUCUGGGAUAGCUGCACAGCCUGCAUUCGCUCCAUAAGACGCACACACAUUUCCCCUUACUUUUUAGGAGGGAAAAAGUGAGUCUUAUAGAGCAAAAAAUACAGUACUUUGCAAGUUCUAAGUUCCUAUGCAAGUCCUGCUUGCAAGCUUCGCAUAGGCAUCUGUGGGAAGAAGGAUGUUGGGGUCACUGGACCUUUGGUCCAAUUCAUCAGGGAUCCUCUAUGUUGUGUGCACCAAGUUUAUCCCUGUUCUCUGCUUACGGUUCAUUAUGGCCUGGAUUACAUGGGUUCCUUGUGGGAGACAAGGGGAUUCUGGGGGAGGAGGCGUUGCUGUCUUGAGCCAGGACUAAAUGGUCCGAGUUCCCUUUCAGGCCUAUUAUUCCAUGUUUUUUUACUUAAAGCUGCUAGAGCAAGCAUGCAGGAAGUUUAAGAAUGCUAAUAAAAGGUUACUAUAGAUUUGAAGUAGACCUUUUGUCCACUUUGAUGUUGAAUCAGAAAGGUCUGGCUUCCUAUGCCGGGUGAAAGCAAAUGCUUGCAUAUGGUCUGAAGAAGAAGGAAAAAACCCAUUCUUUUCAUUCCCUCCCACAGCUGCAGUUUCCUGUUACAAGUUGUGAUUUAAUAAAUAUAUUUAAUAAUGAUUUUUCUUUUUAAAAAAUCAUUUUCUACAAUGCCCUUCCCUUCCAGCUGGAGUCACGAUAAAUACAUAUGUUAAUUUCUUCUUCUCCCCCUCCCAAAAGAAACUAAUAAUCGCCAUUCCACCCUAGAAUCCCUCUCCCCCUCCCCCCGCCAACAUCCCAGCUGCAGAUUUCCAGCCCCAUGGCAUUUUUCCUUCCAGCUUUUAUUUACAGAAAUACUUCAUUGAAAAAAAGGAAAAACCCAAACUCUCCAAGCAUCUCUCCCAAGGCUUCCUCUGUUGCUUUCUUACACUGCUUCUAACUGCUUCCAAAACAGGGCAGAACAGUCGGGGGAGUCAAAAAAAUCCCCUAAGGGGACCUUCUUGGAUGGUAGAAACAGUCCCCUGGUGAGAUAGACAAUAAUAGUGUUGCAAAUUGUAACAAAUGUGGCAAGACCCACAGCCUUUGACUGCGUUUGAUGAUUGUAGCUCAUGGUUUCUAUCACACACAUACAAUACACCAUGCCUCCUACGUUGCUUUGAAGGUUCCUGCUGGGCUUUGGGUUCCUCUGUCCCAGAGUACAAAAAGAACUUCUCAUCUUAGGCUGACCUCUCUGUGUGUCUGUACAAGCAGGGAGUUCCGCAACGCUGCCUGGGGUAUAGCCAAGGAUUUGAUCACUAGCCUCCUUCUGCCUGUUAAAAUGUGUUCAAUGGCUGAUCUCUGAGGGUUGCUUCGUUUUCCGAGCCAGAAAUAAAUAUUCAUGUGGAAGUAUGGGAAAUACAUUUGAAUUCAUAACCCAAGAGCCUUAUGGUAACAACGGAUUAAGGAACAAACAGAAAAUACCCAUUAAAAUGCAGUUAUUAUUCAAUUAAAUGCUUUAAACCAUAACAAAUGUUCUGGCUUAAGACCAGCAUCCCAAAGACAGGCCUAGACACCAUUCAGUGGGAACACCUUCAGUAGUUAUUUAAAUUAUUGUUUUGUUUUUACUCACCUGGUUGGGCACUGUUGGGAUUGCUAGUUUUAUUAAUGACCUGUGCUGGUUUUGCUCAUAGAUACCCAAAGGGAAAUGUGUUGCAGAAGUUCUUACACGCAAUAGGCUUUUCCCACAGAGGUGCAGUUCCAUUAGGGUGGCAACGAAUACAUCAUCUGAGUGGACAAUACUGGGUCCAAUGCAGUAUAAGUCAGAACUAUAUUCAGGCUAGAUAACUGCUUAUAUCAAGAAAGAAAAUGCACCAUUAAAAAGAGGAUGCCAAUUUGCAUAAAAUUUGCAUGUGCUGAUUUAUACCCAUAGAUGCAAAUUUAGAAAUAAUGGUUUAAAUAGAAAUGCAAAGCCAAUGCAUCACAUCAUAGUGGGGAAGGACUUAAGUUCCUUCUGGGUCUGCCUCCUCCAACCCAGUUCAUAUGCAGGCAUGAUGCAAAGAUGUACAAAAAUGAACAAUCUGCUCUUCUCUUGAUGUACACAAUGUAUUCCUGCUUUCUGUUGAUGGUCACAUUUCUUAAGGGAUCAUCUGAUGGAGGCUGAAUUCAACAAUGGGAGGGGCCCGACAGAUCCACCUUUUUUGCUUCCUCUCUGCUGCAUGAAGUUAAGCCAAUAGUUGCCAGCAAUCCUAGGGCCACAGCUUGUCCACUCCUGAUGUAGAUCAUAGUGGAGUGUUGCUGGCCUGCUUCUGGCUGCGGAAAUAGAAAAAAAUAUUAGCAGAGAACUGGGAAGAAGGUAAGAUCAUCUCAGGGUUGAGGAAGAGGAAUGUACUGGCGUCACUUGGUCUGUUUAAAAAUCAAGGGAAACUAAUCACGACAAAUUGUUCCAUCAGUGAAAAUGUUAGCAGUGCUCUUUGUGGAUUUUAAUAGUGUCCUAUAAAAAUGAGCAGGCAGUCUUAUUUUUCUAAAUUUCAAUCAUGUCCACUAACAAAUCGCUGCAUGGAAGAGGCGUGUUUUCUAAUAUCCCCUUGACUGAAUGUACAGAAGAAGCUAGUCUUGUUUUUGUUUUAAUGACAGUGACCAGCGUGGUUCAAAUCCUUGUGGGAUUUAAAAUUCUUGUCUAGUACUUGCACAUUUUUACUAUGUCAGCUAGGGGGCACACAUGCUGAAAAUAACAGGGAAACAAACACCAGCUAGAACACACACAGUGAGCAAAAAGGCUUUUCAUUUUUCUAAAGAGAAUAAGGCUUCUGUCCCUACCUUCUGUAGAAAGGUAGUAUUCAGCCAACACAGUUUUGUUUCAUUUUAUUAUUAUGGAAACCUGUAUCAGGAAACUCCUGAUACAUGGACUUUUAUCUGAGACCAGCAUAAAUUGUGUAUUGGAAUUUCGGUGGGGUGGAACUUGCCUGGAACAUCUGAAUCGAUGUGUUCUCCUUAAAAUGUUAUCCAUCUGCUUGGGUCAGAACAAGGAACUGUCAUUCCAGAUAGUAUCUCUGUGAACAGAAGAUUAGUUUUUCCUGAAUUGAUUGCUUUCUUUGUCUUACAAAUAAGACAGCUUAUAAAUCAGACCCCAAACAUUUUCCAUCACCAGCUUAGAACUAAAACCAACAUCAAAAUAAAUAACAAUGGCCGAAGCUGAAAAAAGGCUUCUACCCCAACGUCAGCAAAGGCAUUCUAAAGUUGUUUGUUUGUUUGUUUGUUUGUUGUUGUUUUGUUGUCUGAAGUGCCUAAUUAAGUGGUCUUGCAUUUGAAAAUUGAAUCCAGGUUUUUGUCUGCCAAGUGGACUAAAAGUUCCAUGUCAGAUUCAGGGACAGCCUUUGCAAAAAGCAAUAACCUCAAGCUAGUACUACUUACUAACUGUGUUUUAAAUUUUAGAUCUUAUUCGUCUUGUAUUUGAAUAGUGUUAUUUUUGCCUUGAGAUCCAAAAGUCAGAUAAAGUAAUUACUAAGUCUAAUAAAUUAAUAGUAAUUGGUGCAAUGCAUUUGAACUCCAAAAUAGCAAUAACACUAUUUGUGUAUGUCUAUUGGAACCUCAACAAAAUUGUGGAUUGGGAGAGGCUAAUUUCUUCCACCUAGUUUAUCUAUUUAUCAGUUAAAUUUGUAUCCUGCCUUUCCACCAAAUGCUGCUGCUGAGGAUAGUUAACAGUAAUAAUGUUGUUGGUGUUAAUCUAUCAAGAGGCAAUGGAUGAAGUCUAACUGCUAUGUUAGCAGCACUAAAGUGACCUCCUUGGGGUACAAGCCUGGGCAAAGUGUAUUGAGGUCCUGGGCUGCCUAGACAACAAGACCCCAGUAAUGGUUUCACUGAUGUGGUCCAAAGGAAAUAAUAAUAAUAAUAAUAAUAAUAAUAAUAAUAAUAAUAAUAAUUUAUUAUUUAUACCCCACCCAUCUGGCUGAGUUUCCCCAGCCACUCUGGGCGGCUCCCAAUCCAGUAUUAAAAACAAUACAGCGUUAAAUAUUAAAAACUUCCCUGAGCAGGGCUGCCUUCAGAUGUCUUUUAAAGAUAGGAUAGCUACUUAUUUCCUUCACAUCUGAAGGGAGGGUGUUCCACAGGGUGGGCGCCACUACCGAGAAGGCCCUCUGCCUGGUUCCCUGUAACCUCACUUCUCGCAAUGAGGUAACCGCCAGAAGGCCCUCGGCGCUGGAUCUCAGUGUCCGGGCUGAACGAUGGGGGUGGAGACGCUCCUUCAGGUAUACUGGACCAAGGCCGUUUAGGGCUUUAAAGGUCAGCACUAACACUUUGAAUUGUGCUCGGAAACGUACUGGGAGCAGAGCAAUACAUUUGGCACCAGCUUGGCUGCAUGAGUUGCUGGAAGGAGGCAUACAAGGCACAUCCAACUGUCUUAGGGACUCUAGCUUUGUGUAGGGUUUACUCCUUAGCCUUUUCUUCUCCCAAAGAUAUCCCGCCAGGCAGCUGAGGUUUAGGAUCAGAGUUUUCCUUCUCAUAGAUGGGCUACCUUCCCAGGUUGAUGACCCCCAUAUGCCUCUCAUAAUCUUCUACAGCACAUGCAGAAACCACCGUUGACCAUGCUGAAAUGUUUGGUAGUCCAGGUAGUAACUUAUCUCAAAGGUUGGUAAAUAACUCAUACAGAGUGCGUGUCACUCUGAGUAGUAUCAUUGUGGUUAGCCUUAUAAGAUGGUGCAAGCAGGCCCAGAUGAUGGACUUGGGUUUUCAGGUGAUGCUUUUGCAUUUAGUGAUUGCCUCCUCUUGCAAUAAGACAAUAUCUACAGUUUCUGUUAAGUAUUCCAUGUUCAGUCUCAACAGAAUAUGAGCUGGGUUUUCCAUAUCUUUUCGUCUAUGUCCUUUGCUAUAAACUCUCUGCUGGCUCUAAACAUGGUAGCUCUCACACUGAAUGGCACCAGUCAUAGAAAUGUUAAUCACCUCUCUUAACUCGGUAAGCUGACAGCUUCUAGACCAGGUCACUUUGGAAUCAAAUUCUUUUCUAGGAUUGUUCUGAUUUGACUUCCUGUUCUCAUUUCUGCUGGGAUACAUCCUGUUGUUAUCAGUGGUGUUGGCCCGUAGCUUAGAAGACCAAUAUGUAGCUCAUUCUGCCUCGGGAUUUUCUUUGCAGUCUGUACUGCCUUCUCUGCCGCAGCAGUAAUAUGGCAAAAGUGGUAAAAUGGUUGCAGUUACUGGAAAUCUGUUAGUCAUUAAUUCAUCUAGAUGGCCAAAGAGAAGAAAGGUUGUGCUGCAGCAGGUAAUGUCAGAGAAGGUUAAUGCCAGCAUCUUAAUAUAGACACAACUCCAUGGCGUUUUCUUGCACAUAUUGACAUGGACCACAUUCCCUUCUGGGCCUCUUUCUAGGGAAUGCAUGCCAGUGGUGGGCAGCGAUAGAGGCAAAAGUGGCAGCUCAAUGGAUUGAAAUUUUACUGUUGUACAGAAGGCUAGUCCCCGCCCCCCGCACUCAACCUGCCAUUUAGACAAGCUAGAGUCACUACCAGGAUUCCAGGGUAAAUACCAUCCAUGCAAAGCCACCCAAGGAGGGUGUGAAGCAAGGCCCGUGAGAUAUGCAGUCUAGGGGAGGUAGAGUGGCUGGGGAAGGGGUAUGGCAAGGGCAGACUUUGGUCCUUCAAAUUUCAGGCACACCCUGUGCAAGGACAGAAUUUGGCACCCUACCCCUCCCGCCUCUCACCUUCUGUUCUGUUCAGUUCUCUAUGUCCAGUGGUGUAGGAAGUGUGGUGUAGUGGGUGCAGGCUGCCCUGGGUGUCAUCACUGAGGGGGGUGACAAAAUGACAAUAUGUGUUUUUAAAAUAAGAAAUUCCCAUCACAAAAUGUUAAGUAAAUAAACCAGAAAACAACACUUGCAACUGUAAGUAUCUUAUUUUUCCUUCUUUUAAUACAGUGGUACCGUGGGUUACAAACACCUCGGGUUACAAAAACUUCGGGUUACGGACUCCGCUAAUCUGGAAGUAAUACCUCGGGUUAAGAACUUUACCUCAGGAUGAGAACAGAAAUUGUGUGCCAGUGGCACCAGGAGACCCUAUUAUCUAAAUUGGUACCUCAGGUUAAGAACAGUUUCAGGUUAAGAACGGACCUCUGGAAUGAAUUAAGUUCGUAACCUGAGGUACCACUGUAAUUUCAAUGUGUGUGGGGGGGUGGCAAGAAAUUUUCUGCACCGGAUACCACCUGACCUUGCUAUGCCACUGCUAACGUCAUAGUUGUGAUGCUUCGUGGCACCCCCUAGACUUGGCACUCAAUGUGGUGGAACUGGUUGCACUGCCCUAAAUCCACCUCUGGAUAUGACCUGGGGAAAGUACCAAGGGCCAGAUAGAGAACUAUGUUUCCCCCCUGGGCCUGAUGCUCAUCAUCCUUUACCUAGAUAGUUCACCUUGUCCAGAAAGCGUUUUAGUUCUGUUGUGUUAAGUGGUGCUAUCAGCUUUGUUAUGGCAUCGACCUUCUCUAGCCAUGGCUUUGUCCCAUGUUGUGCGAUUAACUAUCACAAGAACUCUAUUUUGCCUUGGCAAAGUUGACCUUUUUUCUGUGAUGCAGUAUUGUUCACACGGGGCAUUCUGUUCCAGGUAUGCUGCUGGAUUGCUGGAGGCAGCUGAGUUGCUGCUUCCAGCUAAAAUAAAAUAAAAUAAAAUAAAAUGGGAGAGUAAAGCACAUGUAUGCCAUUGAAGGUGACUGGGCUUGCAACCAUAGAAUUGUUGGAGUUGUAGGGAGCUUUGAAGAAUAUCUAGGAUGCUCUCUGCAGGAAACCCAGGGCUACAGCCUCCCACAAAAUAUGGAUGGUGCCCAGCCUCUCACAGUUUUCAAGCAAUGGCGGAAAAUGCUACCCAGGUAUAAACAUAAUUAGAAUUGUAAUUAUUUAUAUCCCACCCUUUUCACUGUCAGGGUGAACUGUCAGGGUGCACUGUCAUGCAGCUUAUAACUAAAAUAGAAACAGGUAAAGGUAAUCAAUAGCACAAUUCUAUACCCCAUUACUUGAGAGUAAGUCCCAUUGAACACAGUAGGACUUCUCUACUCAUAGACCUUCCAUGUAAAAGGUUAACAUUGGCUGGACUGUGGUCUUAGCAUUUAAUAUUGGCAUUCCUGCCAUUAGUAAUUCUGCUUGAUUAAAAGGAAAUGUGGUGAGACUAGCAUUGUUCUAAAAUUGCCUUUGUGAAAGCACUCAUGAGAAGUUGUGGAAUAAUAAUCAGUGCACCGGUGGAAGCAAUUGCUAAAGUUGGUCUCCCUGAGUAAGUGAAGCAAGCUUUUGCAUGCAACUUCCAUGCUGGGUUGGUAACUGAUCACACAGAACAGUGCUGUGCAUAUGUUUCAGAUGAUUCAGUUGCUUGCACCCAACAUCUGGAUAUUGUUCAUGCAGUCCCUCGAUCAUCAGGGCUAGCCUGAGACUUUUUACUCCCUGAGGCAAAGGAUAAGAUGGUGUUCCCUUCCCAGUCCACAUACAGAAGCUGACCAGAUGGGGAGUCUAAUCAUAUGACACUGGCAGCAUCCUUCACAACACCUGGGGCAGCAGGCUAGCUUUUGGAGGGCAGAGGGACAGGACACUUCUGUCCUCCAACAGAGAGGAUUAGGGAGAACAGCUUGGUUGUGGCUUCCACUGCCCUUGAAAUCUGUCUCCCGAAGUCGUCACCUCACUUUGUUUAAUGGCAGGCCAGUGCCUCAUAAAUGGAUGCACAUACAUACACGAACCUGGUGGUCAGUGCUGUCAACUUCUGUAGCAUCAAUACCAUCUUUAGAGGGUGGAAAGACUGAAUUCAGCCCUCUUUCUUCUCACCCCUCUUUAAGAGCUGAUGGGCUACAACCCAUCUGGUAGCACCAACCAUUUCUGAGGUUAUCACAUGCACUAAUGCACACAGCAGGCUUGUUUGUGUAGGGAUCUUUGAAUUACAGCCUGCAAGUGUUGAGGAUGGGGUGGUAUAAGCUAACAAGAUGCCUCUGGGAAGUCUUGCAAGCAGAACACAAGGGCAAAACAGCUCUCCUGAACUUGUUCUCCACAACUGGUAUUCAGAGACAUGCUAUUUCCAAUCCUUGAGGUAGUAUAUAGCCUUUAUCUUCCUCAAACAUGCCUCAUUCUCUUCAAACGCCAUCUAAUCUGGUGGCUAUCACCACAUGUCAUGGUAGCCAACUCCACAGGUUCACUAUGCAUUAUAUGAAAAACUGUACUUCCCAUUAAUUGUCUUGAAUCUCCCACCAUUCAGUCUUUCUUGGAUGGCCUGAGGUUCUUGUAUUGUGAGGGAGGGAACUAAAUGUCUCCUAGUCUAAUUCCUCACUACCAUACAUACUUUUAUAUACCUGUAUUAUGUCUGUCCCUCCACUUAACCUUUAUUUUCUGAACUGAAAAGCCCCAAGCAUUCUAAACCAUUUCCUCAUAUAUGGGUAUUUGGUGCAACGCCUUGAUCAUUUUGGUUGACCUUUUCUGAAGCUUUUCAGCAACCAGAACUUGACUGUUACAGAGUAUCAGGGCACCAGGGCUGCAUCACCAGUUCCUCCUUGGAAUUUCCCGUCUUGCCCAUGAGAAAGGGCAUGCAGGGCAUCAGUUGUGCAGGAGAUCUCCCUACUCCAAGGAGCAGAAAGUGGUGGGCAUAUUUAACAUGGUAAUUAAAAGUACCUAAAGCACAUUUCAGUCCCUCUUAUGGCUAGAGUGCCCCAGCACACAGGGAAUCACUGGUUUAUAGAUUUCACAAGACAUUUUGCCUAAUAUUUAACUCCCACCUCCAUUUUCAUGCUGACUUUUCAUCAAAUAAUGGUAGCAACCAAGUAUUUUUAAUUUUUUCUUUAGCUCUGUGUAGGAUCCUCACAUGCUAGGCUGCUGGCAACAUGGAGGAAAGGAAGUUGCAUGUGCAUAUUUUGCUUUUUUAUGAUUAAUCGUAUGACACGUUGAACAAAACCAGCUGAACUAAAUCUUUAUGCAGUGGUACCUCAGGUUACAUACGCUUCAGGUUACAUACGCUUCAGGUUACAGACUCUGCUAAUUCAGAAAUAGUACCCCAGGUUAAGAACUUUGCUUCAGGAUGAGAACAGAAAUCGUGUGGUGGCAGCGUGACAGCAGCAGGAGGCCCCAUUAGCUAAAGUGGUGCUUCAGGUUAAGAACAGUUUCAGGUUAAGAACAGACCUCCAGAACGAAUUGAGUUCUUAACCUGAGGUACCACUUUACAGUAUUGAGGCUAAAGAGAUAUAAUCAUGCCUAUGCAUUGUAUAUAUAUUGAUGGCCCACUUUUCAUGAUGGAUGAUCUGUAGAUUAAACAUCAGGGUUGUAAUUUUCCAUAGCCUCAUGUUCUACCAACACUCAAAAUAUUUGUCACAACUGCAGCUUUGCAGUUUACAACACUGACACAGAAAAAAUCUUUUUAAAAAGACAUCGUGGUAUAGCUUGAAAAGUAAUGGUCCUAAAGUUGUUGUUUUCAGAAAUAAUUCCCAGAAACACCAGGAAAGUCAGACGGACUUUCAGGUUUUUUGGAGAUCAGUCAUAAAAUACAUGUCUUGUAUGGCAAAAACCCUAGAUUCAACGCCUGGCAUCUCCAGUGAAGAGGAUCAAGUAGCAGCUGAUGAGAAAGGUUUCAACCCAAGUCUCUGCAGAUCCACCGUCAGUCAGGGUGGCAACACUGGGCUCCAUUCAGAAAUGGGCUGCUCUGGAAUAAGGCAGUUUCCAAUCUUCUUAGCACAAUGCAUUUUUAGGCAAGCAGGUUAAAUAGUACGUUGAGCCAGCAUAGAAGCAUUUCCGAUGGGGUGUAACUAUUCCAGCACCAGCACAACACUUUAAUAUAUGGAAUUGCUUGGGCUCUGCAAACUGACUAGUAUCCCGGGUCCUAUCAGCUGUGCCAUUCAGAUCUUAGCAGCAAGGAGUCAGCAGCAAAUGGCUACAAGCCACCUUCUUAUUCCUCACAGUGCCUUGGAGUUAUGCUACACUGGGGGAAUUGUGGAAAAAAUUAAAACAUGGCUCAAAGACCUGGCCAUCUUAUGGUGAGUGGGUGGGAUCUAGGGCAGGUGUUAGCCCUGGUGGGUGGUGUCUCCCCCUACAUAUUUUAUGUAUUGUGACUUGUUUUUUUAAAUGGUUAUAGUUUAGUAAUGAUUUAUUGAAGUGGCUGAGAAUGAAUUUCUGUUUAAUUUGUAUUUGCUGAUAUUUUGAGGGUUAUUUUUUAUUGUGUACUAUUAUAGUCCAUUGGGUUGUUGAAUACUACUCUGUUCAAUAUAAGUUGCUUAUUUUCAAUUCAUAUUUUUUAUUAUGACUUAUUUGUAUUUGAUCAGAUUGUUAUAAGGUGUGCGAUCUUUGUUGCAUACCGUAUUUUUCGCCCCAUAGGGCGCACCGGCCCAUAGGACGCACCUAGUUUUUUUUUUGGGGGGGGGAAUAAAGAAAAAAAAUUAUCCCCCCCCCCAGGCGCAGGGCUGGGGUGGGGGAAGCCCGAGCUUCCCCCGACCCCAGCCCCCAGAAUAGGCAGCUCUCCGCAAGCCUUGGGAGACCGGCGUGACUUCCCGCCGGGCUCCCACACCUUGCGGAUAUCUGCCUGAAGCCCAAACCAGGUCAGGGAACAGCGGGAUGGCGGCGAGAUGCAGGCUGCUAUCCGCAAGCCUAGGGAGCCCGACGGGAACUCCCGCGGGCUCCCAAGGCUUGCGGAGAGCUUCCUGAAGCCUGGAGAGCGAGAGGGGUCGGGGCCCUCCCGACCCCUCUCGCUCUCCAGGCUUCAGCGAAAGCCUGCAUUCACCCCAUAGGACGCACACACAUUUCCCCUUCAUUUUUGGAGGGGAAAAAGUGCGUCCUAUAGGGCGAAAAAUACGGUACCUCCCACUUGUAAACUGUCUUGUGUAUAGCAAUACAGAAAGACAGUAAGUAUAUAAGUUAAAAGUGAAAUGAAAAAUGGGUUAUGCUGGACAAUUACUUGAAGCUGCCAAAAGCUGACAGCAAGGAAUACUAGCAGCAUAGUGAAAACAAAGAUGCCAUUGAUGGCUGAAAUGGCACACACACUUCUCCCUGGGCUUGAUGGAUUAGUCUUCUUAAAGCAUUCAAGGAGAUGAUUUUAUUUGCAGUCACCUUUUUCAAAUGAUCUUCCUCUUCGGAGACCAUCAAUCUAGCUACAUUCACAUUGGUAGCAUGGAUAUUGCUCACGUUUCUAAAUUCUAAAUUCAAGGCUGCAAAAGAUGAAGUGAUCUAUUUUAGUUACAUCUCUGAAAGGAUGUUGAGAUGCUUCUGCAGAACUGGCGACCAGUUUAAGUACAGAAGGAAGGUCUGACCUUGACCAAGGACACUUUAAAAUCCUUUCGCCAACCAGCUAGUUUUCUCCUGUCUCACCUACUUAAAUUUUCAAAAAGGCUUUUUAUGUAUGGAAUGUGCUCUGGAUCAUACUUGUUCUCGAGCAGCCCUGACAGCUUUCAGAGAUUGCCGGUGACUCCCAGAUGAUAUGUAAUACUAGAAACAGCAGCCUGAUGCUAAACAUCCCCACCUGUUCUCCAUUAUCUUCCUUCAAAAGAAAACAAUGUUUGGCUAAAGUUACAAACUAAUGGAAACCAUUUUCACUAAAUAGGUACAUUUGGUCUUAUGUAAUUUGGUAGCUCAUAAAAGGGAAAAAAUACAUAGAAAAUGGCUUCGAACAGAGAGAAGGAAAUGAAAUGGGGGGAAAAAUCCUACGGCUGUGAUCCUCAUCCCACUUACUUGGAAGUAAAUCCUAUUCAAGUCAAUGGGGAUUAUUUCCAAGCACAUGUGGUUGGGGCGAUGAUGAAAUAAAAUGUGCAUUUAAUAUGAAGGGCAUGGAUGGAAGAAUGUAUUGCCAAUUUGACAUGGUGCACAUAAGGUUGAGAUUCUGCCCUACUCAGCUUCCCCACCUACAUUCAGCACAAGCUCUUUUGGGAUAUGUGCUAAACAGCAGGGGUGUGCACAGACCACAAAAUUCAGUUCAGACCCUGAUUUGGCACCAGUCACAAAAGAGCUCCCUGUUCUUUCUCUCCUAACCCUGCCAUUUUUCUUAUAUGGCAUCCUUGGGGAGAAAGAUUUCUGUUCUGGCAGCAGUCUUUUCGAUGUCUAAUCCUCUGAAGCAUCCCAAAUUGCUUCGCAGACCCCUGCAGGGUGCUUGGGAAAAGCCUGCUUUGGUUUGGACCAGCCCUGAAUCUGUCUGAAGAUUCAAGAUUUGUCCAAAUCUGAUGUGCACCCCUAGUGAACAAACCCAGAAAGGAAGCUGUUAUGGCAAAUAGAAGAAGGGUAUUUUCCUUCACUUCAUGUGCAAUAUGUACAUUAUAUAUUUCCUGGGGAAACCCCCUAAGCUUUUACACCUCCUGGAUAACAAGGACAUAGAAGUUGUCCCACACCAAAAUUUAGAGCUGCCAGAAGGUUAAAUGAAAGUAUAAAUUUUUAAAUUUUUCUGUUUCUCUUUCUUCUCUCUUAUUUCCUUCUUUUUUAUGGUUAUUGUUAUAUUUUUUGUUUUCCUUUUGCCACUGUUAUUGUUGUUUUUUGUCUUUGGAAUUUUUGUAUUUUUGUAUGUUUUGGAAUUUUUGUAAAACCAAUAAAUAUUAUACAAAAUUUAGAGCUGCCAUUACAACAUAUCUGGCAACAACAACGUUGUUAAUCCAUUCAAGCCAAGCUGUGGAGAACAUGCAAGAGAAUAGUUUUCAAUGGCUCAUGGAUUCCAUUUUCCCUGUGGAUCAAGUCACAGUAUUAGUCUGUGGUGUCCUCACCUACAAAGUAUCAGGGCUUGAAAAGACACUAGUAGGGUUGCCAUACGUCUAGAAUUCCCUGGACAUAGCUGUUAUUUGACCCUUGUAAACAGUUUCCGGGCGAAAAUUGCUUAAAAGUCUGGGAAAAUUUGGACGUAUGGCCACCCAUGUCGGAAGUGUAGAGUUUGGCAAAUUUCAUUAAAAAUAGUGUAACAACUUUGAGCAAAACUAGAGAGAUAGCAAAGUAGAUCUGAUCAAGCAGAGCCAUAGGAGACUGGCCUGGAUUUGCAGGUAUUUAUAUCCAGAUUAGGUGACCACUUACUCACCAAAGAAGAAAUGCAUCAUCCAAAAUGAGGGGGACCAAAGGACACAUAUUUGCAUAAUAAUUUGCAUAUGUUAAUUUGUGUAUAUAUAGAUGCAAAUGUAGAAAUGAUUACUAUACUUUAAUCAGAAAUACAAUGGUGUUCUGGUAUCCUGUCCAUCAGCUUAGUCUGCUGCCAAGUUGAUAGGCAACUUCAGUGCCCCUGCUCUCCAUUCAUUGGGUUCUUAGGGAUCUUUAUUUGGAAACCAGGCUUGGACUGGAAAUCCCUUCAGUGAGAGAGAGAGGUGUCCUCUGUAAAGUUGGACCCAUGCCAGCUGUCAUCUAGGCUGGAAUACAAUUGCCACCUAUCCAUUUCCACAGGUCAAGCAGAAGCUUGGAUCUAUGAUGAGAGCUGUUGCUUCAAUAAUGAUGCAGCUCACCCUUAUAUUGGUGGAGCCUCCACCUGCUUCCCUGCUCUCUCUCAGGCUCUUAUCUAUGCAGGUGUUUCCAUGUGUUUCCAUUUCCUCCUGAGUAGCCUGAGGAGCAGCUAAGGCACUUCGGUGGCAGCUCUGGCAUUCCUACCUGGCUUGUCAUUUCCUCUUGCUCCUGCAGCCUGGGGUUGGUCUAAGAACCCAAGAACCCAGGAACCCAAGACCUCCAGACCUGGGACCAAAAUAUUCAGAUCUAUUGGAUUGUCCGAGUAACUAGCAAUGUGGAGCUCUGUGGCAGGGUGCAUCUACGCUUGCUUCUCAUCUCAGGAGACUUCGGGUUCAGGAUCUGAGCAUAGCUGAACCUUAAACACUAUCUCUUUUCCUUUCAUAUAUAUCUAACACCAUCACAACAUGAGGGGAGUGAAUAAGCAUAUAAAGGAGUGUGAGAUCAUGAAGUAUCAUAAAAAUAUAUAAUUGUUACUGCUUUAUUCUCUAUCAGAACUGCUCUAUGUAACAGGACAGAGCAAGAGAUACUUUAUUCUGGAAGAUUUAAUCACUGACCAUUGUCCCCCCCCACCCCUUAGAUGUAAUUCACUGCCCAUUUUUGUUAAUUAAAAAGACUCCCAAUGAUUCUAAGCCCCCAAAUGACUAUGCUUGCUUUUGAACUGAACAUUUCCAAGUCUAUCCCUUUCUAGCAAAUUAAUGCUUCCAGGUUUGAAAUAUGGUUGGUGUUCUUUACAUUUUUAGGGCUGUAAGCUGUUAUCCACACGAAUGGGCUUUGCUUGUAUUGCUAGAACUCAUUAACUUACCCUAUGGAAGCCAAUGCAACUGGCUAUGUUAGGUCCAGACCAUGACUCUUUUUCCAGGGCUAAGUCAGUUAAUAACAUAGUUUUGAUUUUGGCAAGGUGAGGUCCUUUUGUUGGUCCACUACAACUUUUCCAUUCAUUUGUAUCAUUUCCCUCCCACCAGGAUAGGCAAUAUAAGUGCUGGCCUGACUCUAUAGAACAAAUUAUUUCCCAGAGUUUCUGCAAGUAUCCAACAGCUGUGGAUAGCCUCAUCAUUGUUUGGAAGCAAGAUUUGAGUCUAAUGGAUUCUCAUGAAAGCCAUUGUUUGUUGCUUUUCUUUUGAGCUUUCCCAAAGCUCUUCUUAAACUGUAUGCGAUAUAACAGAUAAGGAUACUACUGUGCAUUCCUCAAUGAAUGUGUAACCAACGAACAUUUUCAGUGUCUCUGUGUGCAUAAAAUAUGAGGCCAAAGUGAAAAUAUCUUAGAGGAAUGUUCUUUACACCAACUAGAUUGUUGUAAUGGGUCUCUAGAUCUAAACAAAGAGAUUCUGCAUCAAGAAAUGAGAUAUGGGACAUGUCUUCACAGUACAGUGAAAAGAGUGACCAGAAACAAUGACCAAACAGAGUAAAGGCAGCCCUUUUUAGGGAAGCUUUUAAUGUCUAAUAGACUAUUGUAUUUUAAUAUUUUGUUGGAAGCUGCCCAGAGUGCCUGGGUUAUAAAUAAUAAAUUAUUAUUAUUAUUAUUAUUAUUAUUAUUAUUAUUAUUACUCCCAAUUCUGCAGAGGACUGUCCUCUAUUCAAAGUGCCUUCUUUUUGAAAGGCUGCCUGUUCCAAAUCUGAUUUAAAUAUAAUGAACCGUUAGAGGGAAGAGGAUUUUAGUUUAAGUUUGUCCCUAUACAUAUACAUUAGCAUAUACAAUUUUUCUACAAUUUAUCAGCCACCAUUCUAUGUCCACUGAUCCUGUUCAGUUCUCACUGGUUUGUUAUGGGUUCCCCCACUGUAUCAUGGAUGUGGGGUGGGAUAAUUCUCUAUCACUGCCAGGAAUUGAACCUAAGACCUUCUGCAUGCAAAGCAGAUGUUCUACUACUGAGCUCUCUUCCUGUCCCAUCCCUUUGGAACAUCUAGCUUGCAAGCUGGUUGAUGUAUGAAAGCAGUGAAAGGUGACACUUAGACAAAUGAGGGACACCUGGCUUGCUAGUAGUACAUGCAAAAAGGACCUAGGGGUCUUUGUGGACCACAAGCUUAACACAAGUCAACAGCUAUUCUAGGCUGCAUCAACAGUAAGUGUCCUGUAUAGUGUCCAGAUCUAGAGAAGUGAUGUUGUUGUUGUUUAGUUGUUUAGUCAUGUCCGACUCUUUGUGACCCCAUGGACCAGAGCACACCAGGCACUCCUGUCUUCCACUGCCUCCCGCAGUUUAGUCAAACUCAUGCUGGUAGCUUCGAGAACACUAUCCAACCAUCUCAUCCUUUGUUGUCCCCUUCUCCUUGUGCCCUCCAUCUUUCCCAACAUCAGGGUCUUUUCCAGGGAGUCUUCUCAUCUCAAGAUGUGGCCAAAGUAUUGGAGUCUCAGCUUCAGGAUCUGUCCUUCCAGUGAGCACUCAGGGCUGAUUUCCUUCAGAAUGGAUAGGUUUAAUCUUCAGAGAAGUGAUAGUUCCACUCUAUUCUGCCUUGGUCAGCCCACACCUGGAAUACUGUGACCACAAUUUAAGAAGGAUAUUGACAAGCUGGAGUGUGUGCAGAGAAGGGUGACCAAGAUGAUGGAGGGUCUUGAAACCAAGCCCUAUGAUGAAUGCUUGAAGGAGUUGGCUUUGUCUAGCCUGGAAAAGACGAGACUGAGAGGAGAGUGAUAGCCAAAUAUCUAAAGGGCUGCCAUGUGGAAGAAGGAGCAAGACAGAGGUUUUUAAGCAGAGGUUUUAUUUAUGUUUAUUGUUUUUAUUGAUUAGAUUUAUAUACUACCCUUCAUUGCAAGAUCUCAGGGUAGUUCAUAUCAUAAAAAUACAAGGUAAAGGCACAAAUAAAUAGUCAAAACAAAAACAAUAACUCCUCUCUCCCACAAACACAUACCAAAGGCCAUAGAUUGUUAAUCAGCUAAAGGUUGGAUGGACAUCAGUCAUGGAUACUUUAGUUGAGAUUCUUGCUUUUCAGGGGGUUGGAAGAGGGGUCCCUUCUAAAUGUACAGUUAUAAUGCUUCUAUGCUUCUAAGCCUUUGUACCAUGUGUUGCCGUAGCCUGUGGUUGUGUUAAGAGCGUUGAGUUUUGAGGACCUUCCCUGAAUAUCAAAGCGCAGAGACCUUCAGGUACUUUAUCAAUGAAGCGAAUGUGAGUUCUGCCCCCCUGCCCCCAGAGCAAUCAGUGUUUCACUCGCUUUGUUACACAUACAAAGUGAGACGGAUGUCUUACAAUAUAACAAAUCAUUACUAAUGAAUCGUGAUAUCUGACACUCAGUGCCGAAGAAGGAUUUACAGACGUGCCUCUCAGCAGCAGCCGUUUCCUGUAUUAGGAAGUCUGACUUUGUAGCAGGCAUUCCCGUUCAUUCAACUAUCCCAAGAGUGUGAAAUUUGGAAUUAGCAGAGUUUGGAAGGAAGCUAUCGGCUGCACUUGUGCCUUGGGCACUGAAAGCGAGAAGUCAAUGUGUCUCUGGGGUUUGCGUUCCUUGACAAUUUUCAGAACUGGCAAGAGAGUUCAUAAUCAGUUGCAUCAACUUUUAUGACCUUUUGCCCCUUUUGUAAUGCAGAAUUAAUAGUCAGCAGAGGAAGGGUUGGAAAGAGACUGGAAUUUGGUCACUGGCUUCUUCCCCCCCUCCAUAUGGUCAGGAUUACAUAAAUAAUAAUAAUACAAUGAAUAUCUUCAAUUCGCUUCUUACUGAAAUUGUUGAAAACCACAUGGGUUCCAGCUCAACUCUUCUGCUGAUCCAAGCCAUUUAGUCCAUGAUAAUUAUCAUUUUUAUAUUCAGUAGAUUUUCAGACCAUGGGAAUAUAGACAUUUGCACAAAAACCCAUGAAUAAUGUAGAGGAUGAUGAUGAUUUAAUUUAUUACCUGCCUUUCACCCUGAGGUCCCAGGCAGGUUAUGACAUUAAAACACAACUUUGCAACACAAUAUUAAAAACAGUUUAAAACAACUUACAGAAAUAAGGUGGUUUCUAAAAAAAUAUACAUCUCAAGUGUCAAAAGCCAGGACAAAGAAGUGUAUUAGAUGUAUAUUAUAGUGUACACUAUCACAGAUGUACAGCCUAGUCCCUUUCUAUUAACAGAUAAUUUCAUUGAACAUCUACUGUUGGUGCAAAUACUGCAAUACAGUGUGGUCAUUUAUAGAAUGUGCAAUGCUGCAUAUAGUACGAAAAAGUACAAUUUGUGUGAGCUGAUGGUUCAGAGGAAAGGAUAUUAGGUUGGAUCUUCUGAAAAGCUCCUCUAGAGUGUUGAGGAAUCAUCCAAAACAGAUAGUUACGAGGGGCUUCAGGGCAAGGGGAAAUUGAUAAAAAAUUCCUGCCUCUCCAUACACGUCCACUCACAGGAGCCUCUGCAGGUGGCAGGAUUCACAGUAAGCAUUUUAAAAUUGGUCUAUUCAGUGAUAAGAGGAGUAGAAAUGGGGAAGCUCUGGUUGCCGACUAAACAGGAUAUUUAAAAGGCCUAACAGCCUACUUUCCUCAUGCUAUACUACUGCUUGCUUUUGUGAUGUUAAAACUCAGCUGGGGUCUCUCUCUUGCUGGAAAGUGUGCUUAACCCUGCACUUUGGAUCUAGGGAUCCAGCCAAAUCUUUUAUUAAUUACCUUACACAGGUGAUCUAUAUACAGUGGUACCUCGGGUUACAUACGCUUCAGGUUACAUACGCUUCAGGUUACAGACUCCACUAACCCAGAAAUAGUGCUUCAGUUUAAGAACUUUGCUUCAGGAUAAGAACGGAAAUCGGGCUCUGGCGGUGCAGCGGCAGCAGGAGGCCCCAUUAGCUAAAGUGGUGCUUCAGGUUAAGAACAGUUUCAGGUUAAGAACGGACCUCCGGAAUGAAUUAAGUACUUAACCUGGGGGUACCACUGUACACUUUGCCUCACAAGAGAUUGUUGUAAGAAAUGGAGGGAGAAAUAUGGUUCACUCUGCAUUUAAAAGCGAGUGACCAAAUUCACAGGUUCUGGGCUUGUAUGUGGAUCAGAAGGCAGCUGUCAAUUACUUUGUGAAUUCUACAGGGCAUUUUUAGUUUAAGGAAAUGCACAUAAAAUUCUAGGGUUUUUACCCAACUAAGUCCAGUCCAAGUAAACCAACCAAAAUGACCAAACCUAAGUAAGUCAUUCAUUUCAGUGGGUCUGUUCUGAGUAUUACUGGCAUUGGAUACAACACAUAUAUUUUACAGAAAAAUGCAUACAGUAAGACGUCUUUUAUGGGCAAACUGAAAAGCAUACAAAAAUACAUAUUUAAGGAAAGAAUGCAAAAAUUAGGGAAAGGCAAAUAAAAUUUAAGGUGGUGUUGUGGGGUGGGUUUUUUAAACAAUCAGAAAAAGAAGUAGAUGGAAUGGACUUAUGGAGCUACAUAAAACUGGCACAGAAUGGAAAGAGGCUGAUCUCGCCUUCUCUGAUCUGUUGUUUCCUUGGGGAUCCAUAAAGCAGCACAUUUGAAUGAAAUUGCAUCACAAUAACCUUUCCUUGGUUUGGAAAAAUGCGGCAGUUGAGUUCUUUCAGGCAGUGUUGUCUGAGGGGUGGUAAAUAAGCACAAAAGGAUGAAUGGACAACUGGGCCACCCACCGGACAAUAAGAGUGACCAGUGUGAAAACAAAAAAACAACAACGGAUAUUUAUUCUACAAAGGAACCACCCUUGGUCUGAUGUUGUGCCAAACCCAGAGGAUUUUGUGCUUUUUUAAAGAAGAAAUGACUGAACGUUGACUAGUUUCAAAGACAUCCAAGAGGGAAGACGAGGUUCCCAAACGGAACUUUCAAGGAAUAUUGUUUUGAGGAAGCCAGUAGGCUGAAGCAGAUCAAAAGGCUAUUGUAAAAGAGCAGAGGCUGAAGUGUACUGAAAAAAGAGCCAUUGCAGUCGAGAUCAGAAUGCGACAUCAGGCAGUAUUUCCACAUUUUAAUUCAUUGAAUGUAUUUGAAACACCCUGGCGCCUAAGGACAGGCAGUAAUACUUAAAGCAACCCAGUAAAAUUUUGCACUUAAAAACACUAAUUAAAAAAAACCCAAGACAAUAUCUAAUAAAACCAUGGCAACUGAAAUGCAAAAAUAAUUAUUAUAAUUAGCAUUAUUAACAUAAAAUUAAAAUGACCUGCUUUUAAUUAUUGCAUUUAUAUCCCAAUGUGGGCUACCUUGGGCUAAGAAGGGCUGUAUCUCAGCAGCAGAACACAUGUUCUGCAGACAGAAUGUCCCCAACCUCUGCAUGUAAGGCUUUGGAAAACUCAUUUCUGAAACCCUAGAUAAGCCACUUCUAGCCAGUAAAGAAACUGAGGCAGACAGACCAGUAUUCCAACUUGUACAGACGUAAAAUAUAUAUUUAUUGCUCCAUUCACUUCUGUCUCUGGCCCCACCCAGCACUGGCCCCUGGUAUGUCGUUCAGAAGGGAAUGAGGCCCUUGGGGUGAAAAAGGUUUCCUACCCCUGGUCUAGUGUCCGACUCUCAGCCAUGAAGCACAGUGAACUAUGAGCCAGUCACCAUCUCCCAGCCUAGCAGGGCUGCAAUAGGAAUCAAUGGGUAGAAUUGUGUAGUAUGCUGCACAGAGCGCUGAUAAACGUGUGUGUGUCAGUUUUGCUGCUCUUUAAUUUCAGAGUUUCACUUAUCUAGCUGUGAUUUCUCCAAACUACUUUCUCAUGUUCCCAUUCCACCUUCAUUACCUUGCCAAAAAGCUUCACCACCAGACUUGAUUAUGUGACAACAAUCUCCCAUGUGUACAACUAGCCUGGAAUGCAUUUUGUGAGUUCCUCUUGUUGAGAAGCAGGGACAAAGGCCGUUGUGGUUUCAUUUAGAUUUCUGUUUCUUCCAUCUAUCUAUGCCUAGCUAAAUAAAGGUGUCUGAGGAAAGAUUUUGUAGUGUUGAAAAGUGAAAUGCAGCGCUGCAGACUACAGAGUGGGAGAACAUAAGCAGUGCCAGUAUAGUGUAACAUCAACAUUGUGAUCUUGCUAUUCUUCAUUUUGCUGUAGAAGAUUGUUGAGCUUCACCUCUUCCUUAAAAGGGUUUAGGAAGGCUAGGGAACCUCAGGCCAGGGGUUGAGUGCGGCUCAUGAAGCCUUUCUAGCUGCCCCUCGGAAAUCUCAUACCCCUCAACCUCCCUGAUUUGAGCAGGACACCCCAGAAUUACAGAAGCCAUCCCGGCUUCUGAUUGGAUCCUGGAAUGUCCUAAUUUUGGUCUGCUGCUCUGUCGCAAGUCAGCUGGCUCACACCAGAGUGCCGGACCAAACAAUGCUCAUUUCUUGGUCUCAUACUUUUGUGUGAAUCAGCUGGCUCACACCAGAGCAUUGGACCAAAAUAUGGUUGUUUUUUGUUCUUGCGUGCUCCCACAAGAUCUAAGGAACACACAAAAACGAGCAUCCCAAUUUUGAUCAGUGGGAUGUUGGAGGGCAUGAAAUCUCCCCAGGCCACACCUCUCAUUACUGCUGGUUUGCACCCCAAGAGUUUUUGCCUGACUGGAAUAUGCCCUUUGAUCAUGCUGCUUGCUUGUCUGGAUGGUGGAUGUAGAUGGGUGUGUCCAGGCAUGUACGAUACUAGCUACUGCACACACACAGAAAAUUCACAUUUGUUGUUCCACCUGCUUUUGCCUCUGGUCCUGCCCACCACUACCAUGCAACCCUGGGCCCAGUAUACCUGAAGUAGUGUCUCCACCCCCAUCUUUUUGCCCGGACAUUGAGGUCCAGCGACGAGGGCCUUCUGGCAGUUCCAUCACUGUGAGAAGCUAAGCCACAGGGAACCAGGCAGAGGGCCUUCUUGGUAGUGGCACCUGCCUUGUGGAACACCCUCCCAUCAGAUGUCAAAGAGAUAAACAACUACCUGACAUUUAGAAGACAUCUGAAGGCAGCCCUAUUCAGAGAAGUUUUUAAUGUGUGACAUUUUAAUGUAUUUUUAAUCUUUGUUGGAAGCCGCCCAGAGUGUCUGGGGAAACCCAGCCAGAUAGGUGGGGUACAAAUAAUAAAUUACUAUUACUAUUACUAUUAUUACUAUUACUAUUACUGGGAGGUUGUCUAGAGAGAAAUAUGGGCCCCAGGCUGAAAAAGAUUUCACAUUAUAAAAACUUUGAGCUGUCCAAGGCCUUUUAGGCAAUCUUGUCCAAGAGUCCAGUAGAGGCUGGCCCAUGAGGGGAAAUGGGGCACUGCCCUACUGAUUUCAGUCUGCCCUCAGCCAGUACCUACUUUCCUGCCUUCUUACAAUCAGCCAAGGUGUGUGUGGGGGGGGGGGGAGGUGGCCAUGCCUAGCAGCUUCCUUCCCUAAGUCUCAGUGUUGCUCCUUGUAGAAUUCAGCAGGGAGGAUGGUGGAAAAAAACUGAAUUAGUGUUGCCCUCCUUGCCCUCCACCCCACCAGUCUCCAUGGGCACCAGCCACCACUGCAGCAGUCUGCUCAUUGCAGGAAAUCCGGAACUAAAGCAUCUCCAGCAGACUGUGGCCUUGCCUCUGCUUGAGAGCCUUGUGCAAGGGUGAGCCCAUCACCCCUUUAGGUAAUAGCUUCCACCACAGGUUCCAUCCCCUCUUAUUGUCAAGCCAUUUCUCCAAAUAUUCAGCUGAAAUUUACCCUUGUGUAACUUUAAGCCCAUUACAUAUGAUCAUAAGAAGAGCCUGCUGGAUGAAGGCAUUGACCCAUCUUGUCCAGCAUUCUGUACGCAUAGUGGCCACCCAGGACAGAUCUAUACACUGGGGGGGGGGACUACAAAUAUGUCAUAAAUUAAAUCUUUAUAACAAAAGAAAAAAAACCCUAUGUGAAAUUGCAUAGAAAAUUUUUGUGCUCUACAGCACCAUCUGGUGUUGCAUGUUUAUAAAGCAUUUAAAAUGCUGUUUUUUGACUAAUGUAGCUGAGUCCUCAGAUACCUAUGAGAAGCCUGUAAGCGGAACCUGAGCUCAACAGCAAACACUGAGUAUUGCCUUCUGGAGGUAAAUGAGGACAGGUCUUUGUGCUAUCGUAUCCUUUCUCUAGCUUCUCCUUUCCAGACUAAGGACACUGUGUUCCUUAAAAAACAAAAACCCCACAUUUUUCCUCAUAGGAUUUGUUUUCAGUUCUGCUAUCUUCAUCGCCAUCUUCAGGAUCCAUUCCAUUUUGCUAUAUCCUUUUUAAAGUGAGGCACUCAGAACUGGAUAAAGUAGCCAAAUAACAAAUUAUGUCAAACAUAGAAUUGUAGAGUUAGAAGGGAUGUGAGGGCCACCUAGUCCAAUUCUCUGCAAUGCAGGAAUCUCAUGCUCUACCAACUGAGCUGUCCCAGCUUUCAUUGUAAAGACAGGUGGAUGGGGGUAUACAGGGCUUGAGCCCCAUUGAGAGCAUCUUGCCUAAGUACAGUGGUACCUCGGGCUAAGUACUUAAUUCGUUCCGGAGGUCUGUUCUUAACCUGAAACUGUUCUUAACCUGAAGCACCACUUUAGCUAGUGGGGCCUCCCGCUGCCGCCGCUCUGCCGGAGCACAAUUUCUGUUCUCACCCUGAAGCAAAUUUCUUAACCCGAGAUACUAUUUCUGGGUUAGCGGAGUCUGUAACCUGAAGCAUAUGUAACCUGAAGCAUAUGUAACCCAAGGUACCACUGUAUUCUGCAAAACCUGGAACUGAUGCUGACUUGAUGGCUUGACCUGAUAUUUCAGGGGAGUUCUACUGUUCCGUAGGGACGCGGGUGGUGUUGUGGGUUAAACCACAGAGCCUAGGACUUGCCGAUCAGAAGGUCAGCGGUUCGAAUCCCCGUGACGGGGUGAGCUCCCAUUGUUCCUGCCCACCUAGCAGUUCGAAAGCAUGUCAAAGUGCAAGUAGAUAAAUAGGUACCACUCCAGCGGGAAGGUAAACGGCGUUUCCGUGCGCUGCUCUGGUUCGCCAGAAGCGGCUUAGUCAUGCUGGCCACAUGACCCGGAAGCUGUACACCGGCUACCUCAGGCAGUAAAGCGAGAUGAGCGCCGCAACCCCAGAGUCGGCCAUGACUGGACCUAAUGGUCAGGGGUCCCUUUACCUAUACCUUACUACUGUUCCGUGACUAUUAGUCCUCAUUUUGUAUACUUCUCCAACGCUAGUCACUGGGGAACAACAUCAGGGCUACUGACUUUGAGCCCUGCUUAUGGGUUCCCCAGAGGCAUCUGGCUGACACUGUGGGAAACAGAAUGCUGAACUAGGUAGGUCUUUGGUUUGAUCCAGCAGAGCUGUCCUUUCAUUCUUAUGUUCUCCCAAAGCGGCAUGCUGACUGUUCAAAAUGCCAGAUCUAACUCUAGGCCAGAUGAUAAAUAACCACUCAGAGAUUAAACUAAAAAGCUAACUAGCAGAUGGGGGAUGGGUGGGAGAGGGGGAAAGCAGAGAUGAAAGACCAGUAAGAUUAUUAAAAGAAACAAAACCUGGAUGGGGAACAAAGUGCACAGACAAGCUUCAUCUUUCAGUGACUCUUUGGUGAAGCACUCAGACAUGACAUAAAAUUAAGUGAUAAAGUCUUCUUGUCACAGUGGGUAUUAACAGAGCAUUAUGUGACUGUCGGUGACAAUGAUGGUGGUGGUAGUUGAUGCUUCUAACAACAUGCGCUGUACAGACAUACUCUGAAAAUGCAUCCCAAAAAUUGUGAUCAGCUCUGCAGAAUCUAAGGGACACAUAAUUUCGCUCCUGUUUGCUUUUCCUCUCGUUUUUCUCCUGGCCAUGAAUUAUCUCCUGGGAGGAUUUAUUUAGGCAACCCACUGCAAGAGGAGCACUUCUCUUGAUUGUCAUCCUGAUUGUCCUUUGGAAUUAAGUCAUAGUACUAGACAUAGGCAUUCAAGUAAUUAUCACGUACCGCUAAUAAGAGUUAGACAAACCACAGUGGUUUCCAGUCAGUUCUUUUGUGGCUCAGUAACUAUGUUAUUUCCCUGUACAAAAACCAGGAAAUAGCUGCGUUUUAUCAGAAGCAAUGUGGUCUUGUGAGAGGAAUAAAUGUCCACCACAGGCAAAACUGAGAUCAUCAGACUCAUUUUCACUUGGUACUUUGUCAACAUGUCACCUCCAGUCUCCAGAAACCAUUAAGCACACUCCCUACUUUUUCCUAUAAUAAGAGGCAAAUUCAUUACUACUUUAUAUUCCUUUAAGAAAACUGAUUGAUAAGCUGCCAGAUCUUCCAAGUGUCCCUAUUUUCCAGGGGCAUCCCUGAUUUAGAGAAACCACCCCAGUUUCUGAUUUGAUCCCAGAAUGUCCCACUUUUCCUUAGGAUAUCCCUAUUUUCAUUGGAGAAAUGUUGGAGGGUAUGGAGUUAUCUGACCCCUGAGCCGUCUGAAGGCAAUCCUGUACAGUGGUACCUCGGGUUACAGACGCUUCAGGUUACAGACUCCGCUAACCCAGAAAUAGUACCUCGGGUUAAGAACUUUGCUUCAGGAUGAGAACAGAAAUUGUGCGGGAGGCCCCAUUAGCUAAAGUUGUACCUCAGGUUAAGAACAGUUUCAGGUUAAGAACGGACCUCCAAAACGAAUCUGUGUCCUCUUUCUUCUUAUUGUUUUUGGUGACACAUUUCCUCUUUUUUAGCGAUGUGUACAUGGCUGUCUUGGGGUAAGAGUGCAGUCCCAUACAGUGGUAUCUCGGAAGUCAAACGGAAUCCAUUCCAGAAGUCUGUUUGACUUCCAAAACAUUCAGAAACCAAGGUGCGGCUUCUGAUUGGCUGCAGGAAGCUCUUACAACCAAUCGGAAGCUGCGGAAGCCGUGGCGGACGUUCGAGUUCCAGAGAACAUUCGCAAAUCAGAACACUCACUUCUGGGUUUGCGGCAUUCGGGAACCAAAAAGUUCGACUCACAAGGCAUUUGGGAUCCAAGGUAUGACUGUAUGUCUACUCUGAAAUAAAUAGCAUUGAAUUCAUUGGGACUUGUUGUUGUUUAGUCGUUUAGUCGUGUCCGACUCCUCGUGACCCCAUGGACCAGAGCACGCCAGGCACUCCUGUCUUCUCAUUGGGACUUACUCCAUGAGUAUAGGAUGGUGAGCUAAGUGGGGAUCAGAGGCGAAUUUAGGGCAGUGUGACCAGUUCUGCUGCACUGGGCAUUGCAACUAUGAUGUAGUGGAUUGAGCAGAACAGAAUGUAAGAGGCAGGGGGCGUCAAAUUUUGGCCUCACACGGGGCACCGCUGAAAUUUGAAAGACCAAAGUCUGCCCCUAUGGGGAUAACUUGUAAUCUAAUCCAUGAGGAAGCCUUUACACAGCUCACAUGAUUCUGACUUUUUGGCUGGGUUAUGGUGAAUGGGUGGGUGGGGAGCUCUGUGACUUCACCCUGAAUUCACUGUUCUUGCAAAUACGCUUUCUUUCACUGCAAGCUCUUUAUAAUUGAAGUAUGUCGCAAACACUCCUUGUGUUCUAGCAAGGGAGACAAGACUCCAACAUCUGAUUGUUUUAAAAUACAGAUACGAAGUAAAAGCUUUCCAGGGAGUCUUUGGGAGUUUUUCUCUCAUUCUGUGCCAUGGCAUGUACUUUUUGGAUCAUUCCUCAAGGAAUAUUGUGUGCCAGCCAAGUCAUGAAGAGACCUAGACAUGAAAUGAAGAAGGGGCCUCUAGCAAUAGCAUCUUAAGUUGUGCUUGCAAUAUCAAGGGCUUUGAAUGAACCAUAAGGAUACCCCAGGGAAAUUAUAAAGUCAUAAGGCAAAGCCAGAAGUCCUGGAUGCAAGCAGCAGCCAGUCUGUGGUAAAAUGAACCAAUCUAUUUUCCAUUUCCAAAUACUAGCAAUAACAACAGUUGGAUUUGUUGGAAAAGAUCUCCACGAAGCUCAAAAGCUUAUGUGUUCCCACUAGCAGAACUUGUAACCCACCACUUUAAGAGAGUUGAUUUCCUAACACAUCUCCCUCACAAAUAUUUAUCUUUCUGCCUGGUGUCUUUAUCCUUCCAUAGAUAUUUUCAGAAGGUUUAUGUCAAGUGACCUGAAUGGGAAAGGUCUGCCACAGGGGAUAGUCUUGCCAUGUCAAGAACAGGCCUGCCAUCUUUCUGAUCUUUCUAAUUCUGACUGCACAGCAGUGGUGGGAAACCUCUUUCUGCCCAAGGGCCAUGCACUCUUCUGGGUAACCUUCUGGGGUCCCCAUGACAGUGGUGGACAAGAGGAAAAAUGGGUGGAUAAAUAAAUGUGAAUUUUACCCUUGUACAGAAGGCUAGUUCUUAUCCACACUUACAUCCUGUCUCUGUGCUCCAUUCAGGCAAUCAAGUGAUGUGAUCAGAAUUCAUCCAGCUAGUCAGAAACAUUCAAGGAAGGUGCAACACAGGACCAGCAUGGCCCUUCUUAUGGUCUUAUCUGGUUGCAUGGCAUACUGCUCAACUGUCCUAGGAAAACCGGGACACCCUCUCUCUUUUUCAUGUGAGAGCAUGGCAGCCAUUUUGGGCACCACAAACUCACUCCAAAAAAGUGCUUUUGGGGGGGGCACAAACUAUUAUUAUUAUUAUUAUUAUUAUUAUUAUUAUUAUUUUAUUUUAUACAAAAUUAAAAUUAUAAUAAUACCACAACACAUCCACAAUUAAAAGAUCUCUCCGAAUCUCUGGACUUCCCACCUUCCCCUCCAUGGUUUCUGUUGUUAAACCUUUUCUACUGCAUCUUUUUUCAAUAAUCCAUACUCCUUUAUAGUCCUUUACAGUACAACUGUUGUUGCAAUACUGCUAGUGUUUUCAACUGCUUACAGCGGUCUCCAAGAUAAAUUAUAUCCCCCCCCCAUUUCUUAUUAAAGUUUUGGUCUUCCUGGUUCCUGAGCUUUCUGGUCAGUUUUGCCAUUUCGGCAUAGUCCAACAAUUUAAUUUGCCAUUCUUCUCUGGUAGGGACUUUAUCUUCUUUCCAUCUUAGGGGCAGGGGUGGAGGAAGGGGGAUGCGGUGGGUGCGGUCCACCCCAUGGGUCACCACAGAGGGGGGUGACAAAAUACUGGGCGGCAGUCACCGUGGGGCCUGCAGCGCACCCGAGCCACGCGUUUCUCUUGGGAGAGACAUGGUGGCUUGGGCACGCGCAGGUUCCGCACUGCCCAAACGGUCCGCCCGCUGCCCAGCCGUAGGGCAACUGAGUGGGAGGAGGCAGGCAGACCCCUCGGAGGCCCCGCGGUGCACCCCGCCCCUAUGGGCGGCUCACCCCACCCUUGCCCCACCCCAGACGCCCAAGCAGCUUCCUCCACAGCUGCUCAGCCCCCCCAUCUCACCUGUUGAUGGAUCUCAACCAAAACUCCCUGCUACCUGCUGCUCAGUCUGUGUAGUCCAGGAUGAUGACUCAGAAACAUAACUUGCUGACCGGUAACUUGAUUUGUAUUUGCUUUUAUUAGAUACAGAGUAUAGCACAGCUUUGUACAAGUUACUAUAUACACAGACUCGAUUCAAACUCGACACACCAACCUCUGAACUCCAACACCAAACUACUGUGUCAUGCUGCUUAUAAGGGAAAACUUUUAGCCAAUCAUCACCUGUUGCUAGGCUCCCCUAUCUCCAAGCAGACUUUCUCACAUAGCCUUGCUUAACUUGGCUUCUUGCCAACUCACUAACUGUCCACUUCAAAGCUGCAGUUUCUCACAAACCUGCUCAGGGGGCCCCCCACAAUCUCACCCAGGUCAUGUGGCUCACAUGGGAGCACAGUCCCGGAAGACAGUGCCCUGGUUUGUCACCUCGUUGACACCUGUGUUGAAAGGUAUGGCAUGGGUGUCUUGUUUGUGUGGAGUCCCUAUACAGGAGCAAGUGUGUGUUCAUGUGUUGGCAUUUCUCAGCAGACAAGCACACUCCACUGGCAGAAAGAAGUUUCUAUAUUGGGGACAGGGCUCAAAGUGCUGUCUUGCUCCAUAGUCACCGUGGAAAUGCCCUACAUGUGAGUAAUACAGGAAUAGAGUUUAAAGAGCACGACAAAAACCCAAACAACAGGACGGUGCUAAAUAUUCGAUAGAAUUAAGUUUAUAUAGUCACAGAGAGCCCUUUCCCAAUACUGCCACACAAUUUGCAGUGCGAUCCUAGUAAGAAGAAAAUCUUCUCAAAUUCAGUGGGGCUUUCUCUUUGGUACAUUUCCAGCCAUAAAGUUAGUUAUGUGAACCCAGCAGACAAUAACAGGGCAGAGCUUGCUCAUUUAUGGUUAUUGGGGGAUGGACAGACGGACAGAAUUUUUCACAAUUUAUAGCUUUUGAUGGCUGAGCUCUUGUAUAUGGACUGGUUUCUUUUGCUGCAUGAGAAUAUCAAGAUGCUUCUUGAGAAAUUAAUAUAUUCCCAGUAGUUUGAGACACCACCAAAGAACAGCUGGUUCUCUUAAAUCCAGCAUCUCCAGGCAGAUUGUUGGAAUAUAGAUCAAACUCCACCCUGUUAAGAGAGGGGGGGGGAUCAUAAAGUGACACAAACCAAUGAAAUCUGUAAUGUAAAGUUAAGGCUCCCUCCCCGAUAUUUUUCUUUCAUUCACACACACAUUUUUUAAAAAAAUCUAUCCAUCUAGUCUUUUCAGCUUCUUGAGUUAAUGACAAGACUUUGCCAACAACCCAAGAAGUUACGGUAAUUAUCUUUUUAAAACACUCUAUUUUUAAUGUAUAUAUUCUUAAAAAUGAAUCUUCUGGGUGUCUCUUACACUCUCCUCAUAGUGUUUCCUGCUCUCUUCAAAUUAAGAAGCACCCUGCUGGGAUUCUCACAAGCCCACUGGUUCUCAUUGCCAAAUUUUCUAGAUCAAAGACACUGUAAUAAAUUCAGAUAAGUGUUUUAACUUUAUAAUGUUUUGCCAAAAUGGGGCUCGUUGGUAGAGGAGGAGAUUUAUGUGAGAACAUUAGGAGGCAUUUCCAUGUACAGAAACCGAAGAGGGUAAAACGCUGGAACUUAACUGAUUAAUAACAUUUUCUAUGCAACGUUAAUAGCUUUUAAGUACUCAUCUAUGAAUACAAAGCUUUUGUGGUUUGUCAUUUGUUUCUAAACGUAGAUCAGGGCCAGCUAGGAUCAACCAUGUCAAAUACACGAAAGAGAAAUCUGAUUACUUAUGGUCUUUUGAAUGAUAGGCAUGCUGUAUAAUGGGAGCUCUGUUAAUUUAUCCAGAUAUUAAAGAUUUGUGGGAAAACUGUAAGAUGGCUUCUUGCUAACUUCCUGCUGGCAAAUAAAUAGUAAAUUUCACAUUCCAUGCAUGUGGAUAUUGCCAUAAAAUAGUUUAGUCACCAGUUGCUCUGUAUUGCUUUAUCUGAAUACUCAGGUAUUGUUAUCUUAAUCCUCUGUCUGAAAAUGAUGAUGAAUAGACGAGGCUAAAUGAUCUGAAGCUGAAUCAUGACACAAAUGAAGCUGAUGGGAAAUUCUAAAGCCUGUGAAUGUAUUGUUGUUAUGCUUCCACAGGGUGGGGUGCUCAGGGGCAGAGGAAGGGGGCGGUGGGGGCAGUCCACCCCGGGUGUCACCACUGAGGGGGGUGACAAAAUGCCAGGUGGCACUCACCAUAGGGCCUGCAACAUGCCCAAGCCACAUGUCUCUCCUGGGAGUGACGCGUGGCAUGGGUGCCCGCAGAUUCCGCGCUGCCCCAAACGGUCCACCCACUGCCUCCCUCCCAGCUGUAGGGUGGCUGAGUGGGAGGAGGCAGGCAGACUCCUUGGAGGCCCCAUGGAGUGUCCUGCCCCAGCUCACCCCACCCCACGGGUGGCUGGCCCCGCCCCUGGAUGCACACUGCCCCAGGCGCCCAAUCGGCUUGCUCCACCGCUGGGGUUGCUCCCUCUGUCACAGCAGGUUCAAAUCCUGAGGUUCUCCUGGAUCCUGCUUUGUUCCUGGAAAGCUAGAUAGCAUAAGUGGCCAGGAGUCUUUGGGAUAAAAUUAUUGCUGGAAGCCAAAUGCUCUACAAGCUGAACAAAAGGCUGAAAAUUCACAGACACUUUCCUUGGAGUAAUCCUGGUUGAAGGCAUUAGGACUUGCUUCUGAGGACUACAUACAGUAUAAGGCUUCAUAGUUGCUAGGAAAGUGUGGCAUAUCAUUCUAAAGUCCCUUGUCACCACAACUUAGUUUCAGUGGGACAUGUACAAUUAACUUUCUUUUUUCCUGCCUUUAGGGCCAAUGUAGUGGGAAUCACUUUGAUCCUGCUGUGUAUUGCACGUGCAUGCCAUGCCUUCAUGCAUACAAAGAAAUCUGUUCAAAUGUACUGUACAUAGGGGUAAUGUUUUAUCUUUAAAAUAUAAGCAAUAUGAAAUGACCAAUACAACUUACAUUUGCAACACCUGUCCAUGUAUGUAACCUGGAAUGAUUUUCUUCCUUAUAUGUCUUAUUCUCUGAAAAACCACUUGACACUCUCUGUUUACCCUCCAUGUACAAAUUAUCAAAGCAAGCCAUGUGAUUUGAGUUUGAAUCAAAUAGUUAGAAACAUGUGAAUUUUGCACUGUUUAUUCAAUUUGAAGAGCAUGGUGUGUGUGUGUGUGUGUGUGUGUGUGUGUGUGUGUGUUUAAGGAUUGGACUCUGAAUUUCCUGCUGUCAUGUUCUGGUUCAUAUGAAUUUAUUAACUGGUGACUAAUUCUGAGAGCAAAUGAGUCUUGCCACUUGACAAGAUGCUUUCAGCCCAAGUUGUCUGCCUUCCAUUGGUUGGAGAAACACAAAGGGGCACCAAAAAUAUUUGUGGGUACAUAUUUUCAGUAAUACAGCAAUCCAUCUGACCCUGAAUGGCUUUCUGAUCCAAUGCAACUUCCAUAUCUCUGAUAGUCUUCUAAUACAUAGGAAACUUUUGGACUGCAAGUUUUUGUGCCAUCAGUUAUGACCAAUAAAGAUUACAGGGUCAUAAAUCGAGGACUUGGAGUGUCAUUAAACUUUUACAGUUUGAAUGCCAUUCAAGUUUCACAUCUGGAAUUACCCUGGGUUGUACUCUAACUUGUUUCUUCAUUUGUUCCAUUUUAUAUUUGGCAAGGUAUUCUUAAUGAAUCACUGCAUUCUUUUCUUCCUACCACCCAGGCUUACCCUUGCACCAAUGACAAGGAGUGUGAAGUUGGGAAAUACUGCCACAGUCCCCAUCAAGCGACGUCUGCCUGCAUGAUUUGUAGGAGGAAAAAGAAGCGUUGUCACAGAGACGGCAUGUGCUGCCCUGGGAACCGCUGCAACAAUGGUAUCUACUAUAUGCACCACUUUGAUGCCCUUUUAACAACAUGAAUGGCUCAAUGUAUUAACUCUCCGUCAACACUCAGCCCACAUACUCUAGAACUGCGCAGUCAAUAAGUAGGGAAGUCUAGAAUCACAAAAACUGAUGUCUACAGGAUUGAUUGGGCAGUCAGUGUUGAUUAUGGCAAACAGCCAGCAUAUUAAACCAGAAUUUCUGCAUAACUCUCUACAUAAACAAUAAAAACAAUCAAUAUGGGGUUUUACAAUCAAUAUACUAAUUAAGUGUACUUGAAAUACAUGUGUCUACAGGAUCUGUCUGUGGAUUCAUCUAACAAUCGUAGAUAUAAGCCCUCUUCAGGUGCUCAACCUGCGCAUGUGAGGGCUAAAGUGGGAAGGGAUGGGGUGAAUGCAUCAAACCUGCCCCCAGUACUGACAGGUGAGUCUCCUUCAUCCCUGACCUUCGCUUAUUUAACAUGAAGAUCUGAAAUGGACUUGGAAGCACAUUUGGCUAAUCUCCUCCAUAUUAGAAACCCCAUUAAGGCAGGGUUCUCAGAGGCAAGGAGGCAUAAAAGCAUGUUCUCUCAAACUGGAGACAGACUUAGUGAAGGGACGAGCCCUGCUGAUUUGCCAAUGGUAAAACAAAGUAAAAUUAACUUUUUAAAAAAAUUAAAGAAAGGUUAGCUUGUCAAAUUUGAAAUACCAAAUUUAAGUACCUAUGUACUGAUUGUUAGGUGAAUCAAUAGACAGAUCCUGUAGACCUAACGUUUGUUGCUUUACUGUAGUUUUAUAAUUGUUAGAAGCCUCCCAGAGUGGCUGGGGAAACCCAGUCAGAUGGGCAGCAUUUAAAUGAAUUAUUAUUAUUAACAAUUAUAAUCUCAUCUCAGUCACAAACUCAUGAGGUUGACUUAGGCAAGCCUCUCAAUACCCCCAACUGCCAGAUGGGAAAAUUUAAUACUGGCCAGCGUUUACAAGACUGGGUGAAGCACUGCGGAGAUACCGAAUACAAAACAAUCUACCAUACCAAGGGUAGUCAAGGUGGUGCCCUCCAGGUGUUUCAGACCACAUUAAUACUAAAAAAUGCUAAGUUGUCUGCCAUGUUAAAGAGACCUGACUGGACUUAACUUAAACUGGACUUAACUUGGGGAUUUAGUGCCACCUGUCUCAUGCUGUGGAAUACUCUUCCAGCAGAGAUUCAAUGGGCAUCCUCACUUUUGACUUUCAGGCGUCUCUUGAGGACUUUUUUAUGCCUUUGCAGCUAGCUAGCUAUUUAUUUAUUUAGCCAGCCAGCCACUUUAAUGGUUAUCUGUAGGAUUUUAAUGGUGUAACCCUGAUAUUUCAUGAUUCCUAUACUGUCAUAUAAACAAACAAACAAACAAACAAACAAACAAAUGACAAUAUAGGAAAAUAAAUAAAUGAAUAAAUAAGUAAGUAAGUGUACUUUCUUUCAGCAAAGAGGCUCUUCUCUGUGUCAUUCUGUGAAAAUUGCCCUCUGCCAUACUAUUCCCCCAAGAGCCCGUCCAUUGUAACUCAUUCUGUUCAUCUUUCUAGGUAUUUGUAUACCAGUAACUGAGAGCAUUCUUACUCCCCACAUCCCAGCUUUGGAAGUACCUCGCAACAAGAAAAAUAAUCAUUAUCCCACUAAGGACUUGGGAUGGCAAAAUCUUGGGAAAGGGCAGACCAAGCUGACACACACAAAGGGUAAGGCCGUGUUGUCCAUAAACUGCCUUGAGGAGAUGGUCUUCUGAAAAGCUUUUUGCUGUGAAAUGUUUAACAUUGUCAUUAGAGAGAGAGAGAGUGCAGUAUGGCUGUACCUGGCUUCCCAUUUUGUUUGCCCUCUUCCUCUGGGACUAAUCCUCUGGGACUCAUACCAAGUCAGAUCACUGGUCCACUGAGCUCAGUGUUGUCCUAUCUAGUAGCAGGCCUUUUCCAGCUCUACCACUGAGCUGCAGCCUCUUCCUCUGAAAGGAGAAAGGGAAGGCAAACAUUGGCUGCCCCUCUUCUACCUUUCUCCUGCCACUGUUUACUCACUCAGAGACAGCAGGUAAACAAACAAGUAAACAUGGAGGAGGAGCAUCAGGGUGAGGGCAUGACAUCAGCUGGCAAUGAGUUCCCUUGAGCAGGUGAACCAGCGUAGCUUUGAGUUCAAAUCAAACUCCAUGAAUGGUCUUGGGCACAUGCUCAUAUAUUCUACUUAAUUAUUUGAAGCAUUUCUAUCAUUUAUCAAACAAAUUCUAGCUGCUUACAAAAUUAUUAAAGACAAUGAAUGCAAUGACAAGCAAUAAUUCAAAGAUUAGUAAAAACUAUAUUGCAUGGUAAGACCGAAAACAGGUUAGAAACAAAUCAAUUUAAAGAAGGGGAUAAAAAAAAAUGCCAUUGGAAAAACACGAACAAUGGUGAACUACUUUUUAGGGGUGGUUGUUGUUUAGUCGUUUAGUCGUGUCCGACUCUUUGUGACCCCAUGGACCAGAGCAUGCUAGGCACUUCUGUCUUCCACUGCCUCCCGCAGUUCGGUCAAACUCAUGCUGGUAGCUUCGAGAACACUGUCCAGCCAUCUUGUCCUCUGUCAUCCCCUUCUCCUUGUGCCCUCCAUCUUUCCCAACAUCAGGGUCUUUUCCAGGGAGUCUUCUCUUCUCAUGAGGUGGCCAAAGUACUGGAGCCUCAGCUUCAGGAUCUGUCCUUCCAGUGAGCACUCAGGGCUGAUUUCCUUCAGAAUGGAUAGGUUUGAUCUUCUUGCAGUCCAUGGGACUCUCAAGAGUCUCCUCCAGCACCAUAAUUCAAAAGCAUUAAUUCCUCAGUGAUCAGCCUUCUUUAUGGUCCAGCUCUCACUUCCAGACAUCACUACUGGGAAAACCAUAGCUUUAACUAUACGGACCUUUGUUGGCAAGGUGAUUUCUCUGCUUUUUAAGAUGCUGUUUAGGGGUUAGCCAAGCCAAAAAGAGACACCUGCCCCCAAAGCCAGCUUAGUAACAGCUUGUGUUGUACUGAUGUGAACCCUCUUAAGCAUGCAACCUUUUGCGUAUGAAAGCUCAUACUAUAAUAAACUGGUUAGUGUCUAAGAGGAGCCAAGGAAGGGUGUGUGCACACCACAGAAUUUGGGUGGUUGGAAUUGUGUCCACAAUGACCUAAAAGUGCAGUCCUGCAAUGCAAGUGCAUUUACUCAGAAGAAAGCCCUGCUGCAUCCUACGGGGCUUAUGCCCUGAAAAGUGAGCAUAUGAUUGCAGUUAUAGCCACCUAUGUAACUAUUUGCAGCCUUUUGUUUAGGCUAGGAUUUCUCUCUCUCUCUCUCCCUUCCCAUUUCCCCAUGUUUUCGUUCUGUUCCUCUGUGUACUUUUAAGAAUUAAAACAGCAUGCUCCCACUCCCCCCUUUUCAGUAAACGGUAUUUACUGUGGAAAAGUCGUGCAGCACAUUGCUUGAAAGGAUCAAAUGACACAUUUGUAAUGCACCUCUUUGGUACAUAAACAAGACGCCCACACCAAGCAAGCGAGCGAUGACUUGGAACAGCCCAAGGAGUGCCGCUGCAGAGACAUAUCUUAACUUUGUGUGGCCACCUGAUUUGAAAGAAGAAUCAUCCCCACUUUUAUAAUGUCUCGUGCCUUGGCAAGGGAAGCUUGUUUGUUUGUUUAUGAGUGUUGCAUCCAACGAUAAUCCAGUUCCAAGAAGAUUCAUUGAAAUUAGUGAACCUCAGUCACGUCUAGUAGUUUCAAUGCGUCAUCUCUCAGUAGAACUAACUUUGGCUACAACUCUUUAUAUCCCAUACUUCCAUGGCAAAAACAAUGUUCAGGGUGGGUUAUAACAUAUUUCUCAAAACCCCAAAAUGCCAUGUGAGUGUUUUGCAAUGUGCAUUUCGUAAUCUUUAGUUUCACAGGAUGCAGAACUACUCCAUUCUAGCGUACUGAAUUAAUCAGAUGCUCAUAUACAGUGAUAGCAAUACAUAGGUUCAGCAAUGAGUUUCCUUCAUAAAUAUGACUGGAAAGAAUGAGGUCCUUUUUAAUUGAUCAAAGCUGCAGUCCUAAGCACACUUACCUGGAUAGGCCCCACUGAAGAAAGUUCUACCUCUCUUUCGAAUCAGAACCAGUGAAGGCAGUGAAUGUCCUGUGUGAGUGUCUGGAGGCAGUUGGAGGAUGCAUGGCGGCUAACAGAUUGAGGUUAAAUCCUGACAAGACAGAAGUACUGUUUUGGGGGACAGGAGGUGGGUGGGUAUGGAGGACUCCCUGGUCCUGAAUGGGGUAACUGUGCCCCUAAGGACCAGGUGUGCAGCCUGGGAGUCAUUUUGGACUCACAGCUGUCCAUGGAGGUGCAGGUCAGUUCUGUAUCCAGGGCAGCUGUCUACCAGCUCCAUCUGGUACACAGGCUGAGACCCUACCUGCCCGCAGACUGUCUCACCAGCAUGGUGCAUGCUCUAGUUAUCUCCCACUUGUACUACUGCAAUGUGCUCUACAUGGGGCUACCUUUGAAGGUGACCCGGAAACUACAACUAAUCCAGAAUGUGGCAGGUAGACUGGUGAUUGGGGGCGGCCGCCGAGGCCAUAUAAUACCGGUCCUGGAAGACCUACAUUGGCUCCCAGUACGUUUCCGAGCACAAUUCAAAGUAUUGGUGUUGACCUUUAAAGCCCUAAACAGCUUCGGCCCAGUAUACCUGAAAGAGCGUCUCCACCUCCAUCGUUCUUCCUGGACACUGAGGUCCAGUGCCAAGGGCCUUCUGGCAGUUCCCUCACUGCGAGAAGUGAGGUUACAGGGAACCAGGCAGCGGGCCUUCUCGCUAAUGGUACCCAUCCUGUGGAACACCCUCCCACCAGAUGUCAAGGAAAUAAACAACUAUCUGACUUUUAGAAGACAUCUGAAGGCAGCCCUGUUUAGGGAAGUUUUUAAUGUUUGAUUCUAUUUUUAAUAUUUGGUUGGUAGAUGCCCAGAGUGGCUGGGGAAACCCAGCCAGAUGGGUGGGGUAUAAAUAAUAAUAACAAUAAUAAUAAUAAUUAAUAAUAAUAAUAAUAAUUAGCAACCUACAUGCAUAGGACUGGACUAGUAGGUUGCAGUCUUAGACACACUUACCAGCAUUAAAGUCUGUGUCACCUUUGAGUAAAAUUGCCUGGAAAAGGUGCUAAAGAACAUAAAAAGAGGCUGCUGGAUCAGGCCAAUGGCCUAUCUAGUCCAGCAUCCUGUUCUCACAGUGGUCAAACAGAUGCUUGUGGGAAACCUGCAAGCAGGAUCUGAGCACAAGAGCACACUCUCACCGUAACCAUAAUGGCCAGGAGUCAUGAAUUUAUCUAAUCCUCUUUAAAGUCAUCCAAACUGGAUCCUUCCAGCUGGUGGGUAAGCCUAUAGCACAAAAUUUCAUCGUAGGUCCCACUUCUGGCAUUGUUUCUCCCUAAAUUGUAUUGUGUUGCGAGUUUUGUUUUUAGAAAGCCCAUGUUUGAUUCCUUUCCGUGCUCUUCUUCCCUGUAUAUUAACUAUGCAGUUGCUUUCUUUAGGCCACGAAGGAGACUCCUGCUUAAGGUCUUCCGACUGCACUGAGGGCUUUUGUUGUGCUCGCCAUUUCUGGACCAAAAUUUGCAAGCCCGUCUUGCACCAGGGGGAGGUGUGCACCAAGCAACGCAAGAAGGGGUCCCACGGCUUGGAGAUUUUCCAGCGAUGUGACUGUGCCAAAGGGCUGUCAUGCAAAAUCUGGAAAGACGCCACUUACUCUUCCAAAGCGAGGCUUCACGUGUGCCAGAAGAUCUGAUGGUGGACUGGGAGACUGUCAUUCACAGGCCGUGAAGAACUGGCAAAAUGUACACAUUGCAGCAUCGUAGAAUGCAAGGAUUGUAAAUAAGAAACAAAUUGCCAAAGUGUCCAUUGUCGUGGGAAGAAACAACACCCCAAACUGAAUUAUAUUUCUGCCCUGGAGGUGAAUACGGUGGCAGCUGGCCUUUGAUUUGUGACGUGGUGCCUCUCUGCCAAUGCUGCCAGACAUUUGUGGAAAAGCGCCGCGCCAAUGACAUUUGACAUUUAACUCAUGUUUGACGUAUGGCUUUGUGAAUUCUCCACAUUGGUUGUGGUUAGGUCCCCCCCCCCCAUUAUGAUUGUAAAAUAUUGCUAUAUGACAUAUUUACAACACAAAGCAGUGCUUUGCCAAAUGACUUUUCUAUCGGCACCUUCUUGGGUACUGAACAAAAAACCAUGUUAGUAAACUGAAGCUAUCAGAGGCCAAGGGGAAAAUUACCAUACAUGUCUUUAUCUGUUAACAUUACCCGUGAACAACCAAAGGCUGUCACCUGAAUGAGAAAUCUUUUCCUGCCAAACAAGGGCUACAUAUGGAAGACUGCAGUGCAAAUGGAAAAAUCUCACUCAUUUCACAAACACACACAAACACACACAACACACGUGCCUGGCAAAAUCUGCCUUGAACAGAGGUAAUAAAGCAGGCAUGAUGUUUUUGAUUUGCAUUUGGACCACAACACCCAAAUAAUUUUAUCUUCAUAGCCAAUGGCUUCUUUUUGUCUCAGUUUACUGCUAGCACACAGGGGGCUAACAAAGAAAAAAGCAAAGUGUCCAUGAAUGCAUUCUGAGCAGAAUUGUAUGCUGAGCUGCUAGCUGUAAAUAGUGGGGAAUUGUGGGUUGUAUUGUGAACUGUUUUUCAGCUUUGCCUCUGGCGGAGGCAUCCAGCGUCCAUUGACUGUGUGUACUACUAAAUAACAGCAUCAACAGGGCUUUCAGUACAGAUCUUCUGUGGUUUGGAGAACUUAAAAUGGAAGCAUCCUAUGCCAGCAGCAACAGGGGUGGAAUGAAAAGAAAACAAGAUGGACAUGGAGGCCCAAAGUGUGAUCAGCAAAUGACAUCACAUGAUACAAUAUAACAACUCAGACUUGCAAAUAUUUGGAAUGUGGAUAUUAUCACUAGAUACUGGAUUCCCAUUGACUGUAGUGGAUACCAGUGUUCACUAUCACCGCCACAGUAUUAAUGGACUGACAAAGAUGAAUGGUGACCUGUUCAAUCAUUCUACCACCACCCUUCUAACAUUCUUGCAUUUUCGUUUACUAUACUCACUUAUUUUUCAAAUGUGUUAUUUGUGUAAGCAUUGGAGCCUUGAAAAGGGGUAGGAUCACUCUCCAGGAAAUAUUGUUGAUUGGAGAAGAGAAUGGUAUUCCUUUUUUAAAUGCUACUCAGAGGCGGGGUGUGUGUGUGUGUGUGUGUUAGACUGAGUUUUUUCCUGCUACCAUGUGCCAUUUGCAACAGCAGUGUGAUCGUAUCUAUGUGAAAAUGACGCAUCUGAAGCAGUCUAAUGAAAAAGGGGUUCCCUGGCUAUCUCAUUUUCCACAAGCCAUAUUUUCCCCGCUUCCCAUAGCCACCUUAUGACAAUGUGCCAUUAAAAUUAUGGUCUAUUUGUAACCAGUAUCGAAAUUUCUCAGUAAACGCAAGCCUUAUGCUACAUUUUUUUUAUCUCUAUUUUUUUUAAAAGUAACUCUCAUAUAUUUGUGAAUAAGGAGAAUGAUUUAUCAUGUCAUUAUCAAACCACAGGGUUGGAAGGUACCUAAAAUUAUCUAGGAGCAUGUGUCUACACUACAAAUAGAAACUGGAUUUGAACCAGUCCAUUUGCCAUGGCUUCUUUACUAACUGUCCUUUAGGGAGAGUGCUGAAAAUUAUUCUAAGAUUCUACUUUGAUGGACUUCAAAGAAAGCCAUGACAAUGAAAUAGUUUUAAGAGCAUAGUGCAUAUAUAUCCUGGGUCCAGCCCUUUGACCUCAGGCCUUAGUAUCAACACCACUGAACAAUAUUCAGGAUAGGGCAUGGAACCUGUGGCCUGCCUAGUGCUACUGGACUACCAAUGGCUAUCCUCCUUGACCCUUGGCCAUGCUGUCUGGGCUGAUGGGUGUUGAAGUCCAGCAACAUUUGGAGGACCAGCGGCUUGGGGAGCAUAUUGAGUGAGAAAACAGUGGUGGGAAAAUGGCAGACUGACCUCUCUCUUUCCAUGCACACCUUCAUUCGAAAAUUCAGCCUUCUGGUUCUGUUUUUCAUUGAAAAACAGCUAGGUCUUCAUUUCUAGCAUUUGUGUACAACAUGUAGUUUGCCUGUUGAUAGCAACAUAUCAGUAGCUAAGAACAGAAGCAAACUAACUAAGAUUAGGCCAGAGGGAUUAUGCCCAUGGUUAUAUUUUUCUAAAUAAUAAUAUUAUUUACAAAGGACUAUGUAAACUCCAAAAAGCAAAGGCUUAAUUCUGUAUCUCACUGGGACUUAUUUUAAGGCUGAGUACAGGAAACUGUAAUUGGCUUACUUUAGUGGAGAGGUGGGAAACCUCUUCCGCCUCUCUUACCAUUGUCUCUGUGCUGUCUAGGGGUAGAGAGCCCCAGUUUCCUCCCCACUGCAUCACAUGGAGAACUACAGGUUUCCGCCAUGGCUCUACUGCAAUGAAAACAAGACUAAGGCUGGAAAAAUGUACAGUUUCAAUAAGACAUUUUCAUUUCUGACCGCCCUUAAGGGAUGGAAGUGCGUAUCUGAAAUCCUUUUGCCUCUGUGAGACUACAGGAAGGAGUUGGUGUCCCUCAGCGCAGCCAAAGUAAAGCUCCCACUCAUUUAAGCGUUAUCUGAUGGCUUCUGCAUGCCCUUCCCAUAACUCUCCUGCAAGAACUAGCAUUUGAAGUAAUUUAUUUACAGGAAAUGUUUAAUGAGAUGUAUUUUCUUAUAGAAGAUAUUUCGUACAGAAAGCUUUUUGCAGCAAACUAUACUUGCAACUUGUCGACUUUGUAAUUUAGAAAGAAAUGUAUAAAAAGAUUAAAUAUAUUAAAAUGUCCCUUUGCCCAC